GUCGCCGGAGGAGACUCGUGCCACCGGAGCCCCUUUUAGACGUCAGCUCGUGCUCACCGGAGGAAGGAAAAUAAUGGUGAAUAUCACCGUCCGCCUGAUGAUCCGGAUUAACAAAUACUCGGUAAUGAAUGGAGGAUUGGAGAGAGAGGGAUUCCGCCUCACGUUUAACGACUCCGCUGGUUUCUACCGGCGAUUUAUGGAGGACGUAGCCACACACUGAGGACUGAUACUAACCCGACCGUGACCGACCUAUUAUCUGCCGGUCUGACGGUUUCUUUUAUUUCUUAUUUAAUUAUUAUUUUUUUUUAUCUCCGGUGAUAUCAGGAAAAGCACGCGCGAAGGUAGGUUUCCUGUUUAUUUGUGUUCCUACGAAUCCUAUAUGAGGGUGCGCGUGUGUAUAAGCACGAGGGAAGGUGAGAUGGAUGUUGUAGUAAAAAUGGUUUGUGUAUGAAUGUGUGUGUUUGUGUGUGUGGGGAGGCUCACAUAUCCGUGCAGCACAACCGUAAGAUGAAAAAAAAAUCGACAGUAUUCCGAAUUUAUGUCCACAAUAACAACGAUGCAUUGUUUAUCAUCAUUGUAAAUGAUCAUCUGUGUUUCAACCACAAGGAUAUAUUCGUUUAGGACCCCAUUGAUUAGAUAUUUCCAUCACUACAGCAGAAAUAUUGUGAAAAUACGUCUAACGAAUAUAAAAGAUAAUCAGUAUUAGACAACUGAAACACAUAUUCAUGUUGUGAUUACGAAAAGACAGCUGCAGCUGUAAUGAUGCUGCAACGGAUAGUCGAUUAAUUGAUUGUUAGGCGAAGGAAUUUUGAUCGCCAUUAUUUGAUAAUGAGCAAACAUUGGCCAGUUCAAGCUUUUAUAAAAUACGUAUUUGCCUUUUCUGCUUGAUAUUAUACUAAGUAAAUCAUUUUCGUGUGAUACCAAACAGUAGAGAUUUGAUGAUGCCAAUUAGUGCUUUUGGAAAUUGUGAAUUGUGAAUAUUUUUGUGUUUUUGGAAGUAUUAAACUCAAAAAAGUAAGACAAGUCACAACUCAUUAAAAUUAGAAAAAUAUAGAUAUAACUCAAUAAAUAAAUAAAAAAAACGUCCAUACAUUGCCUGAAAAUAAAAAUAUAUAGUUGCAGCUUUACAAUAAUUUUUUAAUACCAGAUAAUGUGAUUGUUGCCUCCAGAAUAAAAGUAUGAAGUAUGAGGGAAACAAAUUAAUUCAGCAAAUAAUACAUCUAAAACCAGGGGUUGAGAUUUGCAUGGUUUUGUGGAGGGAUUUUAUCUUUUUGAUCUUCUUUAGAUCUGUUCUGCUUAUUUUUUACCCCAAAUUCUGGUCAGUUUUUAUUCCUGUUGCUUGCUCUGUGCAGGACGUCUGUUUAUGCCAGCUGGUGGUUAACAGUUGUUUUGGCAGGAAACAGAAAUCCUUUGUGCUGGAAAUGACGGGAUUAUCUCUCACAAUACUGCUUCCAUUAUUAAUCCAUAAUAUUCUGCCGGUCCUCCUUACAAGCAGAGUCUGUCUAUCUAUCUAUCUAUCUAUCUAUCUAUCUAUCUAUCUAUCUGUCUGUCUAUCCGUCUGUCUGUCCUGUCCUGUCUGUCUGUCUAACACCUUCCCAUUCAUCCAUCCAGGUAUCUGAUAUACCAUUACAGUGAUAUAUUGAUGUCCUGAGUUGUGCAACUGAGCUAAACAGCAAGCUACUCCUACGGUUAGUUACGCAGCUGCUAACUAGCAGGAGUUGUGUGUUUCCGUUUCAAUAGGGACAUCAUUAACCUGCAUGUCCAAUCCUUGUAUGAGUGUCAUUUAUUAAAGCUCACUUAUGUUUGUUUUAAUCUAUAGCUAUAGCUUUUGUGGCAUUUGAUAUAUUCCCUUAAACAUGCUAACUAAUCACAUUUGUGUUGUGUGUUUAGUAACCUCGAUUUGGGCAUGGUAUCCUCUAAUAUUAUAUUGUGAUAUACUAUAUUUUAAGUGUCAUUUGUACCACUAUUGCACCGUAGAUAGCUGUUUUCCUUUUGUGCUGUGUAGCACCAUAUCACACCAUUUCACAUGGUAUCUUACUGGGGUUUUUGCGUGGUGUCGUACUGUUUUGUUUGAUGUAGUAUAUAGUUAAAUAUCAUAUUGUCUUUAUCAUAUGUUACUGGUGUUUAUUGUGUGGUGCAGUAUCUUAUCAUACAACACUGUAUACCAUAUAUGGUAUUGUGGCUAAUCCAUUAUCCUGAGUAAUCCUGCAAUUCCUUCACUGUAAAUUUCGAAGAUGGUCAGUUUCAGCGUCUUUUUGGAGGAAUGACUUUAAAACUGCAUGUAAACAAAAGAUGCAUCACGCAGUUAUGUACUUAAAAUCAGUGUUUGCAAGUGUUUGUUCAAGCCACAAACCUUAGUUUUAAGCCUGAAUGGCAUCUUAGAGGUAAAGCUCAGUGAAAAGAAGGUUUUAAGGACUUCUUUCUGUCUCUUAACCUUCCUGUUUCUAUGCACAUGGAAAUCUAACCACUGUGCAACUGUAGCUAAAACCAGGAUUAUGGAUUCAGGCUUUCAGAUGCAUAAAAACUGAAUUGGUUUUUAUUUACUGAAAACUUUAAAAAUGUGAGCGCAGAAGUAAAUCCCUGAGAUGAGUUGUCUCUCUUCUAUACUUUGUCCCUUCUUAGCCUCUCUCUGGCUUCUUUUCCUAGACAGUGGCAGGGCAGAUGGAUGUAAUCCCGGGUUAAUCUGCCUAUCCCUGUAGUUCACAGUCUGGGUUUAACACUGCUUCAAUCAGGCCCCCCUACCAUGUUAGUUGUUACUUUAAUUAGAUCACUCACACAGCAUCGCCACUGCCAAUUAAACAAAUACAGAACAAAGGAUUUUCUUAAGUCUCAUGACCUUUCAUUUGGAUAUGCAGUUUCGUUAAAAACCCCUUCAUUUAUACGCCAGAUUUUACGCUCUUUUAGACAAUAAUAUAUCCAAACCUGUGGGACGAUGUACUCUGGUCUUUGGCCGCAUGUGCUGAGAAUAGGUGAUACAUUAGCGAUCAUGAAAUAGCUUGAUACUAAUUGAAAAUCCACAGUGUUGGUGAGCUGUACCUGUGUGAGCUUAGUUCUAUUUUCUGACUUCCUGUAGGAAGUAAGCGUUUAGGAAAUGGACGGAGUUUGAUUUAAUGCUGCGGUAUCAUCUUCCAUAUGGUGAGAGUGAGAGCAGAGUGACCGCCCGCCUGGUGUCCUUGGUGAACUUUCAGAGGAUGAUGAAUCUCUCCUGAAGUUGUAUGUGCUGAUCAUAAAGCCCUCAGCACUCAGCGGUCCUGACUUUAUAGUGGUAUAAAGUAUCCUGUUAGAAUGACCCUGAUGUGAAUGAUAAAAGAAACCAAAGAUACAACAAGUCUCUGCAGAAUAAAAAAGGUUGCGUUAACUUUUGGAUUUGGGUUUUUUUAAACAAGUUUUAAAAUGUUCAAAAACCAGUGUUACAACAUAUUUAAAAAAUAUACUAUAUAUUUUAAAUAUGUUAAUUUAAUUAUUUUUGUCCAAGGCCCUGUUACUAUAAAAUUAGUCAUUAUGUAUCAUUGAUCAUUCCCUGUUUUAUUGUUUCAGUUCCAAUGCUAUUGUAUUGUGUUAGAUCAUAUCGUAUCAUAUGAUAAUGUAUUCUAUCGUACUGUAUCCUAUUGUACCUGAACAUUACUGAAUUGUGUUGCAUCCUUUUCUAUUGUAUUGUAUCGUAUCAUACCGUACCGUACCGUACCAAACUGUAUCGUAUCAUACUGUCUUAUCGUACCGUACCUUACCGUGUCAUAUUGUACCAUACCUUACCGUAGUGUAUCGUAUCGUACCUAACCGUAUUGUACUGUACCUUACCGUAUCGUAUUGUACCGUACCGUACCGUAUUGUAUCGUAUCGUACCUAACCGUAUCGUACCUAACCGUAUCGUACCGUACCUUACCGUAUCUUACCGUAUCUUACUGUAUCGUAUUGCAUCGUAUCCAAAUUUUUUGUAUGGUAGCAUAUCAUAUCAUAUCUUAUUGUACUGUAUCGUAUCAGAAUAUAUUUUACGUUGUUAUAUGGUGUCAUAUCAUAUCACAUUUUAUCAUAUCGUAUCUUAUUGUAUCAUCUGGUCUCUUAUAAUAUCAUGUCAAUCUUAUGUAUUGCAUGGUAUUGUAUUGGGAUAAAAUGAGAGAUAGAAACCGGGCAUUUUCAGCUUAAAUAAAACGACUGAUUUAAAGGAUACUCUGUCAUGUGAUUGUAAAGGCAAAUGGGAAAUUAAAACUUCACCUGCAAAAGAAACUGCAGGUCAGCUGAGCUCAUGUUUCUCAAAUAUUUAAUAAAGUGGCGUUCACUUUCACUUCAGUCAGCUCAGGUUAUUAAGUUUUCAAUUUCCUUUAAAAGUUUUUACUCAAAGCCACCGGUGUGAGGCGGCCCCCAGAGGCUUCAGUCGACUUCAAAGAGUGUAAAAGUGAGACGAGUUUACGGCUUAAAAAGAAGGGUAAAAGGUGAGAAAAUCAGUUGACCCUUUGUUUGUUUAUCUACAGGAACUUUUCACACACACACACACACACACACACACACACACACACACACACACACACACACACACACACACACACACACACACACUCCUUUCCUGUGUGUAGGGAGUCCUGAGCGAUUACAGGAAGUCAGGAUUGGCUCCUCUGGGGAAGAGAGAUAAGAACAUGUUUGUGUGUUUGAGCAAGUGUGUGGGAGUGUGUGCGUCUGUGUGUGAGGGAGUGUGUGUGGGUUUUGGAAGUGAAGCGGUCUGCACUCAGCUUUUACUAAUAACACACACACAUUGAGACACAAACAAGCAUUGUAAAACAAACCGGUCUUGUGUGUGUGUAUGCCUUUUGUUUUAGUGUUGUCGUAUGAUACCGAUCCAUGUCCUUCCCUCACAGCGAGCAGAAACUCUGUGAGGUUCGAUGAAAAGUGAAAUCCCUCCUCAGUGUUUGGAGGAAGGUGUAAUCAGUCACUGUAAAACAAAAGCCGACCUCCACGUCAGGAGGAGAAAAUCAUUAGAGAAUCCCCAGGAGGAGCGAGAGAAGUUUCUGGGGCAGAGGACGUGUACUCUGCUACACAAACACACACAGAUAAUAGAUUUGAUCUGUGAACAGGUAGAACAGGAUGGAGGAUUUGAAUUGAAUUUGCAUGUAGUUCAAUAGUGGUUUACGUCCUGCUAGACCAGGAAUCCACCAGACCCACCAGCCAGCUCAUAUUUACUCACACUGUCAGGUGGACAGUGGAGUGAUUGUCAUUUUAGACGAUGUCCUACCAGUUUUAGAUACAGCGAACCAAUCACAGUCCUUUUAUCAGAAAUAAGAUACUGACUUCACAGGAGUGUUACCUCAGCUAUUACAAAAACAACCAAGAUGGCCGUUUUUACGGAAGGGGGGUCUGUUGAACAUGCUGAUUUGUUACAUGACAACAGCUAAUUACCCAAAGUUGCAGCGGAGACUGAUUGGAACUUUCCCGAUUAUGCUGUAAAUCAAAAGAGACAUAACACAUGUUUAUCGUGAUAAUGGUAGAUGUAAAAGUAUGAACAUCCAUCUUAAAGGGAAACAUAAAUUAGGACUGAGCAGAAACAGCUGAUGGGUCACCAAAGUCAUGAAGCUCUAACCUGCAUGCAUCACAGACAUCUGACUCGAAUUACACAGCAUCAUCCAGGUUCCAGAUCAGUUUAGCAUCCAGCUAGUUCAUGUUCACCGACACCAUUUGUCUUUGUGCUUAACGUUUUCCCCUCUCAUUGCUCUCCACUUCCACAUGCCUUCAGAACAAUGACAUGACGUAUUGUAAGAGGCAGUGAGUACGGACCACAGUCAAGGAAGUAAUCCUAGCAGUCAGAAGACAGACGCCAUCCUAAAUGCUGCAAUAUACGACUAAAUAUUUUUGUGUUUACAGUUAAUUAUGGACUGAUAAAUUUGUUGGCCGAUUUAUUGGACCCAUUAAUGACAUUUUGAUGUAAUAGGCUUCAUAUUGGCAUGGGCCUUCACAAGGUCAAUAUCAUCAUUUUCAUUUUCCAAAUAAGAAUGCAUUCGACAGCAUAUCAAAUCAAAGACUUGACUAGUGUUUGAUAUAAAUUCAAGUGAUUAUUCUGUAUUGAACAGUGCAGUUUAAUAAUUAAUAUUAAUAUCUAAUAUGAUUUUUUUUUUCUUUCUUACUAAUACCAGAUAGCUGGGCAAAAAUCGAAAAGUCCCUUAAAGCAAUAUUUUGUAAGGCCUAAUAUUUAUCUGUCAGUAUUCAUUAUUAAAAAAAAACAUUCACAUGAAUUCAGCAUUAUUGUGUUAUUUUUGUUAUAGUGAAAAAAAUAAUGAUGUCAGCAUUAUACCUGUAAUCAGUUUACAAUAUUAGUUUUAAGAUAUAACCUUACAACACAACAGCUUAUUGUAAAAUCCACUCACCUUGUGAGACCAGCAGCUUUCUGGCAAUUAAUGCUUUGUGUUUCAGUGACAUCCAAGGACUUUUUUAUCCUACAUAUAAGAUACAUUUCUUAUCAGAGACUGUCUGGAUCCAACCCUGUGAAACAAAGGUUAUCCAUGAUGAUUUAUGUAUUACUUUUAGUGACACAGUGGGAUUUCUGUUGUCAGCUUACUGAGCGAAUGACCUUUUAACCGGUCUGACGCUACAUCUGUGAUCAGCUGACCUUAAAAGCCUCAGUCCCUGUCUUAGCAGAGCAGUCAAAAUAAUAAAACUCAUUUUAGAUUUGUGUUGUUGACACAGAAAAAUGUAUCUAAUUUCUAUUCGCACAGAAAAUCCACAGGAAUUGAGAGAACCAAAAGAUUUGGCUUGAUUGGGAAUUGAGAACAACCAUAAAAUCUCAAUGAUUUCUACAAACUAAACUUACACUGCAACUUUACUUAAAAUGUUAGAAACACAGCUGGAAUUACAUGGAACAACUUGGCAGUAGUUUUAACUUGACAAUGAAAAAUUUUCUCUUGCAUUAGAUCAAGCUGGUUCCCUCUAAUCUCAUAAGCAGGAACAAACAGAUGAGUUCGUCAGAAAGUGCUGUCAUUAAUUUUCAGUUAGGAUCAGUAAGAGGGAGUCAAAUGUGGGAGAAAAAAGCAGAACACUGCCGGUAAACAUGACUAACAUUUCACAGACACAUUGUAUGAUUCAGGCUUGUUAGGGGGAGACCACAUUAAGCCUCAUGAAGGCUAUCAGCAGGGAAACACAUCUCCAUUAUUCAGAUAACACACUGCACACUUGUCUGAAAAACAGGCAUUUCCUUUAGACAAAGUUCAUUCUGGUGAAGAAAGACGACUCAUGGGGAAAAACUCAGAACACUCAGAAGCAAAAAUCUGUGUCAGGCGCACUUUGGAGUAUUUGGAGGCAAUAUGACUCACAACAGAGUAGGCGCUCCAUGUACAUGUACAAUAUACUGUAUCACCUGUGAAAUGGACUGUAACAUCUGUGCUUGUUAACAUCAGGGUAGUAGAGCAUUGAAGUAUCAAAGCUGUAGCCAUGAGCAGGAACUAUGUCCAAACUUUGGCGUGCACAAGAUAUUAACAUUUAAAGGGAUAUUCUGGUGUAAACUUAAAGUAGGGUCAAACACACCAUAACACCAAGUUAGACACCCCCUAGAGAGAUGAAUGUUGCCGACCGCUUGCUUCUCUAGUUAUACCAACAAGCAUAAUAGCAAUACACAGCGGUCUGAGGAACCGUAAACAAACCUCAACCAAAAUGCCACUCUAUAGCCACAAAUAAUGUUCAGAACAGCACCUAACUUCAUCAACAGUACAUAUAUGGUCCUAGCCACAGCACCAAACAUGUUUUUAACUUUGCCUAAUUUCUUAAGCAUAGAGACUAAACACAACUCACCUACUAAUAAAGUUAUUCUUAUUCUUAUUCUUACUCUCUUCCAGCAGCCACUUGUUUAUAGCAAGACCCAGUCCGUCACCGACUGAGGCAGGGGGACACAGUUCAAGGAAGAACAUUCAUGAUCAUUUCUUCAUAAUUUCCUUGAAGUAAUAAUCACCAUAAUAAUCAUUUUGCAUUGCAGACACGAUAGUUCUUCAGCCUUAGCGUCUCGGUCUGAUUGCAUGUCCAUGAUGUAAUAAUCAUAAAUGUUCUUCCUUGAGCUGCGUCACCCCACUGCAGUCUGUAAUGGACUGGCCCGAGGUCUCGCUACAAACAAGCGGCUCCUGGAAGAGAGUAGGUGAGUUGUGUUUAGUCUCUUUGCGAAAGGAAUUAGGCAAAGUAAAAAAAUUGUAUGGCGGCUAGUGCUGUGGCUGGGACCCUAUAUGUACUGUAGAUGAAGUUAGGUGCUGUUCUUUUAUUAUUAUUAUUAUUAUUAUUAUUAUUAUUAUUAUUAUUAUUAUUAUUAUUAUUAUUAAUUUUAUUAUUAUUAUUAUUGUUGUUGUUGUUGUUGUUGUUGUUGUUGUUGUUGUUGUUGUUGUUGUUGUUGUUGUUGUUGUUGUUGUUGUUGUUGUUGUUGUUGUUAUUAUUAUUAUUAUUAUUAUUAAUAAAUGUUUGGGCAUUUUUGCCUCUAUUUGACAGAACAGUUGUAGAGAGAAUUAGCCUAGAAUUGAAAUGCAAUGAGGAUUAUUGUCUUUGUACAUGGCACACCCAGAACAUUAGGUCAUCAACGCCCCAAAUAGCAGUUCUUUUAAUUUGCAUACAGUCACUCUCUUACUUAUAAAACUAGGUGGACAGUGAAAAUACAUAAAUUUAGAUGAGCAUUUAACUACCUGUAAACAUAUAUAUAUACUAACAUGUUCAAAUAUUCAUUAAGAUGCCACAGCAGAGGUUUGUUCAUGUGUGCAGGACAGAAAAAGUUAGAGGAGGUCAGACUGAGCAGGAACUGAUGACAGAUGGUGUGUGUGUAUGUGUGAGUGAGAGAGAGAGAGAUCCAAACAACACACAGCUCCCUCUCCCCCACGCUUACACACACACACACACACACAUCAUGCAUGAGCCUCUCACCAUGUCAGUGCUGAGUCACAUUUACUGGCUGCAGACCACAAACACUGACUCAGAUCAGUUUCUUCAUUUUCCCAGACCUCUUUAAUCUGUUUUUCACCCUUUUCUGCGUUUCCUGUUGUCCAGAUCUUGUUCACCUUUCUAGUAGAAGUCCAUAAUCUCAAUAAACCCUCAGUUUAACACUUGAUUUUAUGCACACAGCAGGGACUGUCGAUCUCAGUGUAUGUUGUGUAGUUGUUGCUGUAUUCAUAUGUUGUAUUUUAAGAUAUGUUCUAAUCAACUGUUGCAUUGACAUGGCGAUAAAGCUUUGGAUUACUGAUUUGCAAACAUAAGACUGAAAAACGUUUGGACGAUACUUUCAAACUGCUUUAAGAGUUUCUGCAAAAAUAUGUUCAUUACAUUUAAUAAUUGAGAACACCAGUGCCUGAAAUACGCACAUUUUGAUCAUAUUUGUUUGACAAUACUGAAAUACAACUGUUGGCGUUUCUGUGUGUUUUUCUCUAUUUUGACUUGUUUUUACAUGCAUGUCUGUAUUUCUAUAUAUGUAUCUUUAUAAACAUAAACGUUAAGCUGUAUACAUAUAUUUUUUAUAUAACUAUGUUAAAAUAUGCACUUUCUUUGUGCAUUAUUGGGGUCGACACAGAUUCGUCUUUGUCUCCCAUAUUCAGCCAUUGUCUCAUUUGUUUUCAGUACAUUUGCAUAAAAAGCCAACAUUUGCUGUGUCCCGACACACGCCCUGUCAUGUUGUCUUACAUACUGCUGUUCAGUCAGGCAUGUGUGAGUCUGUGUGACCGUGUGUGUGCGUGUGUCUCCAUUUUAAGCUCAGUCUCAUCAUUCCUGCUCACUUGUCAUUAAGGAUUAGCACACUGACACAAAUUACACACACAUACAUGCAAAGCUAAGCUAGCAGCUGCCUUGUAUUUCAUCAACCAGACAUGGAGAUGACUCCAAAAUGCUGCCUGUGUGAGACGCUUAGUCAGGCUGAAAUUAAGCUGUAUUUUAGACAACCCUUAUGUGAAGUUUUGCUCUUUAUAUACUCUCCUUCUUAGACAGGUUUAGUCAGCAGUUCUGUCAUUUUUUUUCAUAAUUAAGAGUUUAAAAAGAAGAGUUUACAUAUGAUUUGUUUUGAUCAGUGCCUUAUUUAAACUGUUGGUUUGCAGCAUGCCGUGUGGUUCCUCUGAUCUGUUGCCCUGCUUUUCAUCCACACACACACACACACACUUACACAUGUAGCAUUAAUAUCUCAGUACACUGUGGUCUGUCCUUGUGGAGUCACCCCAUCUCCUGCUCUCUCUGCACCUGGCAAUAGAUCACCUGAUUUACCCUCCUGUGGAUACACACACACAUACAUACACACACACACACACACACACACAUCCUCCAAUGUUUCCCCUUGAGGAUACGCAACAAACAAGAGGAGGGAGCAAGGAAAGAUGUCUAAUAAUUGUUGGGUCAGAAAUGGGGCUGGCGAAAUUUUAUUUUGGUACUUUUGUAAAAAUUGACAGGACUUUCCACAAAAUCAGCAAAACAAUCAGCAAAAAGAUUGAACUCAACUUAGUUUGAUUUUUCUUAAAGGAAUAUUCCGGCGUAAAAAUCACCUUAACACUGAGUUAGACACCCCGUCGAGAGAUGAAUGUUGCCGACUGCUUGCUUCUCUAGUUAUAUCAACUUUAGUAAAAAUGAAAUGUUCUUCCUUGAGCUGUGUCACUCCGCUGCAGUCUGUAAUGGACUGGCCUGAGGUCUCGCUAUAAACAAGUGGCUGCUGGAAGAGAGUAGGUGAGUCUUAAUAAGUCUCUUUGCUAAAGACAUUAGGCAAAGUUAAAAAAAUUGUUUGGUGGCUAGUGCUGUGGCUGGGACCCUAUAUGUACUGUUGAUGAAGUUAGCUGCUGUUCUGAGCAUUAUUUGUGGCUAUAGAGUGGUGUUUUGGUUGAGGUUUGUUGAUGGCUCCUCAGACCGCUGUGUAUUGCUAUCAUGCAGUUGUUACUAAAGUUGGUAAGACCUUGCAUAUGAAAUUAACACAAUGCCAAACCACACAUUUUACAACAGCAUGGCUCUGUAGUGGAAGAGUCCAGGUGCUAAACUGGCCUGCCUGCAGUGCUGACCUGUUAAACAUUUGGUGCUUUAUGAAAUAAAAGCAAGAGCCCAAACUAUUGAGGCAACACUUCACUUUUCAAACUCCUUAAGCUGGUGGCCUUGUAUUCUUAGUGCCCCACAUAUAGAGGCUGUUGUACUUGUUGCAGAGGUGGUUAGUUGGUCCUGCCUCAACCAUUUAGUGCAUGUCUGCCACGCUCUCUACUCCCCACAUUUUUGGUCUGUCUUCAGUUGUCCUGUGUACUUAGAAAAUUCAGUCAAGUAGAUAAGAUAAUCUCAAAGUUGUUUGAAAAUGUAGAGAUGAUUUUUCCAGAGGAGCAGGAGGACAGAGUUCUGCUUCAGGAGACAGAUGAGAGAGAGACCAGGCUGCUGUAGUCAGUGACGGUCAGCAGAGGGCGACAGAGAUUUUUGUGCAGUCACUUUGCUUUUCAUGAAAACACAUGGUGGGAAUUUUUGUGUCUUUUUCUGUCCUAACCCUGUUUUUUGUGGCACAGUCUCAUCGUACUAUUCAACUAAAACCAGACAAGCUGGAAGGCCUCUGUUUCAGGGAAAAACGUUAUUUUUCUGUCACUCAGACACAAAAGGAUUCUUUUUCUCAUCAGUUCUUGGACAGACAAUUGUGUGUUGUAUUAAAAUAGUCCCUUGUGUGGUGAAAUGUGAUGUUUGGCAGUAAGAAAACCACUUUGUAGAGAUAAAAUGAGUGGCAGGAACAGUUUAGGUUUUGUUUUUUAUGUGCUCUUUCUGUCUUUUGUUCAGUUUUCAUCUGUGAAUCUCAUAUAGUUAAAGUACUACAAUCUUUAAGUGGCACACACACUCUCUCUAUUACACACAAACACAGCGGUGUACAUCAGGCAGGUUAUAUUCCAACACACAUCCUCAUUAAUGGAUUGCUUAGCAACAGCAGAUGGUUGCCUGGCAACAUUAUCAGGCAGUAAGUUGGGUGUGUUCAAAAGUCUCACUGUAGUAAAGAGGAGGGGGUUGGUGUGUGUAAUAAAUCUUCUGCUUGUCAGACAAAUAAAAUAUUCUGCGUAGUCAGCUCCUUAAAUGCAGAUCAGUCAUGAAGCAGGAAUUUAAACCCAGCGAUCAAACACACAAACAGAGCUUCUACAACCAGUGUAGGGUCUCUGUGGACCAGUCUGUUCCUCAGGUUAAAUGUGAGCUUUAGUGAGGAUUUGUGAGAUUUCUAAUGGCCAGGUCACUUCAGAAAGCUUCACUCAAAUCUCCUUUACAUAUUUAUUAUUUUAUCUGUUGUGGAAGGUUGGUUUAGCUGGCAUAUAAAAACUAGAGAUGGCUUUACUAGACAGUAUAGAUCAAUCUAUCAGACUUAUUUGUAAAGGACUUGUCAUACAACAAAAUAACAUGAACAGAAAAUCAUUAAAAUCAAUCAAAACCCUGAUUCAUAUGUGGGGUUUAUAAUAAGCGAACAGACAGACAUAAAAUCAAAGAAUUAAAAAAAGGACCAGAGAAAAUGUUAAGAAAAGUUCAUACUAAGGGAACUCCAGAGGUAUGAAUUAAAUGCAAAAUAUGAGAUAGCAGGUAAAUAGCUAAACUAUUCUCAAAAAAUACUAGAUAGGAUAAUGAAACAAAAAGAUUAAACACCAAAAAGUCAGGUAAAAACAAUAAUAGGUAAAUAAAUUAAACAGACUAAAACUUAAAUAUGUAUAAAUAAGAAAAUAUAUAUAAGUAUACAGUAUCUUAAAUACCACACCAAAUUAAAAAAACAUGGAUAGUCUGUGCUGCCCUCCGAUCGUCAGGCACUGUCAAACUUAAGACUACACAUGAAUAUAUGUAUAUACAAAACAGCCACCCUUUAACUCAUGAAUGUGUUUUUUGUGCUUCAAACUAUAACUUUGAGAAUUUCUGUUUGAAGUGUUUUACAUUGAUGUGAAUGAGGCUUGUCUCACUUUUGGUAACAGCCUCGAGUGGUCACUUGAGGAAAUGCAGCAUUAGUGCUGAUAGACUGGCUAUAUUUUACAGUCUCAGAGGUUUCCAGGAGAAUUAAAAAUUCCUACAUUUUUCUGCUUUUUUCUUUUCUUCAGGGUUUGACGUUGAGUUGGACUGAGUGACCUGACCUCUGAAAUAAUCAUGUUUCGGAACAGCCUGAAGAUGCUGCUGGGAGGCAAAAGCCGCAAAAACAACAACAGUGGUAAGUAUCUCUCUUAUCAUUUUGAGUGUAUCGUCUCUGAUCAUUUUUACUUCGUUGAGGUCUCUCUUGAAUAAAAAACACCACUGUGCCGUAAGCUAAGAAUGUGUUUAUCCAACCAACAACGUGUCUACUCUGAUGACCAGAGGUAAGGUCACAGAUAUGUUUUUCUCUCUUAAUCUUCCUCUUUUAAUUAACAGGUGGAGGUAACAUAGAUUCUGAGGGGUCAGAGGUCAGGAUGAUGGAGGGAUUCACCCGCUCACUUCCCUCUUCUCCGCUCCUAAACCUUCGCUUGGGAAAAAGGCCGGGUAGGUCUAUCUUAUCUUUUAAAAAGUCCAUCAAACUGAAAAAAAAAAUCCAAGUGUGGUACAUUCACAUGAUUUACAAUCUGUCUUCAGUCAGAAACAUGUACACACACUCACACAGCACAAACACACACUCAUCACACAGAGAGAGAAACAGAUGGCAGUCUCCAGGAAAACACAGGCCAAACAAACAUGGCGGCUUUGCUCUGUAUCUGUGAUUUUAGAAAUGUUUCACCACAGAUGAAACCUGAUUGGACCAGAUUUUGCUCUGUCAGCUGUUCUGUCUGUCGCCCCAGAUUUUAGAGGAUUAAAUGAUCUGUUGUCAGGCUGCGCUCAAAGAAACAUUCGCUCUGCAGUUUGUAGAAUAGUGCUUACAUUUAAGAGCUGUGUCCGUAGCUGUCUAAAGCAUGCAAACUCUGAGAAGGGGCAUCAUGUAUUAACACAUCACCAUAAUCCAGCACUGACAUAUGAGUGGCAGAGAACACUCUCCUAUAAAGGAAUAAAAGGCGUAAAAUUGAUUUAGGGUCAAACACACUGUAACACCGAGUUAGACACCCUGUCGAGAGAUGAAUGUUGCAGACCGCUUGCUUCUCUAGUUAUACCAACUUUCGUAACAAUUGCAGAUAGCAAUACAGAGAGCCACGGGCUCAACCAAAACCCCACUCUAUAGCCACAAAUAAUACUCAGAACAGCACCUAACUUCUUGCAUGCACUGAGUCCCGUCAGAUGGGUGAUUGUUUUGAUUCAUGAUCUUAAGGUCUCAGGCAGCACACCAUUAAAAAGAGACAUGACUCUGUUAGUGGAAGUCACUGCAUGGGCUUGUCCACCACAGCCAUGCAAGGGUCUAGUCCUACAUGGUGAUAAUUAACGAGGUCAUUCACCAGCUGAUUUUUUUGCAACUAAAAAGCUCCACCAUCAUUAUUUUGGCAUGGCAUUUUGUGUAAGUGAGACAUCUUUAAUCAAAUGUCAGUUCAAUAGAAGAAUCAGGAAAUAUUUAUCUCAAAAACUCAGAUGGGGACUGAAAAUAGUUAAAUGCUAACAAUCAAACUUUUUAUUAAAAAAAAAAAACGAGAACCUUCUUUGUGAUGUCAUUGUUGUAUAUAAGAGUGAGCCAAACAGUUUAUCUGGGAAUAAAACCAGAAAAAUAUGAACCAAGAGUUCAACUAUUGUCUUUUUGUUUCUUCCUUUCUAUUCUCUUUUGCGCUCACACUCAUACAGCUGUGAUCUGUUAGACUGUAUCUGGCAGCAGAGGGGGGGGUUUGACCCCUGACCCUACAUUUGAUCGUCCCUCUGUGCCACGGUGAGGGAGGAAUCACAGAAUUGUAACCUGACCCCCCCUCUUCAUCUCCUCCUCCUUUUUCCUCUCCUGCUGCUCGUCCUCUUCCUCCUCCUCCUCCUCCUCCUCAGGGUUGACUUGACACACUUCUCCUAAACACUACCAUGUGCAGCCUCUUUCUGUUUUCUCUCCUCUACUCGCUUACUGUCAAAACAUGAACAUAAUGAGCCAAGAAAACUUCUCAGAGUCAGUACGGUAUGAUUACAAACACGUUCAGGCUCUGGAAACCGUUGCUCUUAACUUUUUUUUUUCGCUCUGCUUGGUGUCUUUGUCACCCCUCACCUCUUUCUGUACCCCUACUCUCCCUCUUGGCUCAUUCCUGCAUUUCUUGAAAGGCAAAAAAGUAGGUCAAAAUUAGGUUAGGACAUGAUUGAAAGAAAGGCUGAUUCAUGGAAAUAGAUCCUCUUCUUCGGCCACAUGGGGGAGUUGAAUGAGUUCACAAGAAUAACACUGACAUAUCACCACAUUUGAAACGAGCAGUAACCCUUAGGGCUGAGAAAUCUAUCCAUCAGUAUGGAGGUCCCAAAAACUGCAGUUCCUCAAGUGGCCAGUGGAGGCUGGCUCUGAAAGUGAGUCAAUCCCUAUCAGGCCCUAUAUUACAACGCUGACCUUUACAUGUUUACAGCCUGAGUAAACUGCUUUGGUCUCUUCAGCUCAUUCAUCCAGUCUUUGACUAUUUGUGGUCAUGAAAAUUUAAGUCUUUAGAGCAUGAACAACGUAACCACUGAUUGAAGGGAUUCUAAUUCCCCUCAGCACCUGCUCACUAUACAUUCACCUGCUCAUGUUUGACACAAAGCAUCAAUUUAAAAAGGAUUACUUUAUACAGCUAAAACAAUUUGCCCCUAAAGCUGAAAACAUAAAGGAUCCGUAUUGAGCGCGUUCUGUAUUUGCUCCGUAGAGUAGCAUUUGGUAUCACAUACAGGAUGUGUAUUUGGAGCGUGGCAGCAGCAUAGUGCGGCCCUGGUCAGCUGGGCUCAGUAUAGAGGAAACAACAUGCUCACAACAGGUUGUUUUGCCUUUCUCUGGUCUAUUUCUCCUGCUAAUUUGGAUAUAAUUCAGUGACCGUUGAGCCUCUACUGUAUGUGAAAAGGCAACGUGAUUUUACAGUUUCGGUUUUUACAGGUUUACUUGUGUAAAAUAAACUAUGUUACUUUAUGCUGUGCUGUUACCUUCAGACAGAGUUAGCAGUCAAAAGUCCUGUUGGGGUCCACAUGGAUCAGGGGUUGACCAUGGGAUUGUUCUGUGUUACUGCUAAAUCCAUAACCAGGAAAUAUACGCAUCCUGUAUGUUUUACCCCUUAGAUUCUGCUGCAGAAAACGUUACCAGCAGAUUCUUAUCAGUGUUCUUGCAGAACUAAUCGAACUAAAAAUUUUAAAUUAACAGCCAAGUUUAGACAUUAGCCUGCUUAUUUAUGUCUGAAAUUCUUGGCUGUCUGAAGCAGUGCCAUGAACAGGACUGGUCUGGAUCCUGUCACUGAGUUACACCAAUGAUUUCUCUUAAUUUUAUGGUUGUUUUGAUCACUCUUGUUAGUUUCUGUCUAUUGGUUGUUCGACAUUUUUUGUCAUUGGGUUGUUGUUAAUGUUUCAGACCUCACUGGUAAAGUCAUGGAGCAUUUGUUUUUAUGAUUAGUCCAGAAAUCAAGAUUACUGCUGGAGGUUUAAAGAGUUUAAUAAAUUGUUGGACAGCCCUACAUCUAAUCCAACUGUAAAUCCAAAUGAAUACGUUUUAGUCAAACUUCAACCUUUCUGAACUCUUUGUCAUUAUAAUGAUUUUUUAAUCAAAAAUAUUCAUUUUAACUUUGUUUCAGAGCAUCAGCUGAACAUCAUUUUACUGCUUAAUGAGAUUCCAGCUUUUUAUUUGCUUCUUUUCUUUCUACAUUUUUCACAUUUUAUGGGCUUAACUGGAUUACAGUUUUCCAUCUGCUCUGUGAUUUGUGGUCAGACGCUCUUCUGUUCUUGGAGGAAAGAGUUUAACUUUAAUUGUAGCUUUUCGGAGAGUCUUCUUUUGAGUCUUUUUCUUUCUUUUUGACUGUUUUCUACGAGAAGAAGAAAGGAGAGCUGAAUGUUUUUCCAAACUUCUCGACGUGUAGCAGAUUACUCUCUUCGGUUCCCCCUGCAGUCUUUCCCUCUCUCUGCUCUGUAUGAGUGUGUGUGUGCGUGAGUGUGUGCGUGUGUGUGUGUGUGUGCUGUUUUGGGUUGGAGGAGGGGAGCUUUUGAUUUUCGGUGCAGUCAGACGAGGGAGGUCGACUUUCAGAGCAGAUAGGGAGGCUCGGCUGCUGAAAGAAAAACUCUUCUUACUCUUGGAAACUUUGCUUGUUUUCUCUUGAACAAAGACAAACUCGUCUGGAAGGACUUUGAAACUUUUUCUUCUUGCUCCAGUUUCUCUCUUUGCUGAGUUUUGAGGAGGCUCUACCUGUGGAUGAGAGGACUUACAUUUUUUGGCAUAAAAAGGACAAUAAGCAGUUGAUUCAUUAUCCAGAUGUGUUGUGUUUGAAAGCGUUUGGAUUCCUCUGCAAAGAAUCUGCCUUUUCAGCUCAAAUGAGGUUUGACUUGAACCCCGGUUUUCAUAUCUGAUCAUCCUGCUUUUUUAACUCGGCUACCCCUGGUGUAUUUUUUCUUUCUUGGAGAGUCUCUUCCUCUUAUCUCUGUAUCCUUGCCUCCUUCACCUCACUCUCCUUCUCCUCUUUGUGCACUCUGGAGAAGAAGGAGGAGCUCAGGAGCAAAAUGAAACAGACCAGAUGGUGAUUUUAUCUCCUGCAUUUACGUUUCUUGCAAGUCGAGGACAGGCAGCAUGACAGCAAAGCAACACUCAACCGGACUUGAAAACUUUGCUCUCAUUCAUCCAUAAAACUCUUGUUUUCUGAAAGCAAUAGCUGCACUUUCGGUUCUUGGCUCCGCCCCCUUCAUGGAAUCUCUCUGAGCCAAUCAGAUCUCACAGCAGACUCACGAUGGACUGCACAGCGGCUAUUUUGAAAGCCUGUGCCAGCUCCAGAACCAAGCUGUGUCGGCUCAGGCGGCGGCCCUCCUCCUGGCGACCGGCGGCUCACUGCAGAUGUGGCAGAGGUGUCUUGGCAGCAGGGGUCGUAAACCGCGCCUCCUCGCUGCUGCAGUGUUUGCUGUUUUACACCUGCUGCUGUCUGUCACCAGAGGAUAACUCAGAGCUGUGUCCAGAAUGGAGGGAUGAAGGAAGAAGAAGAAGAAGUGAGGAGGAAGGUGAGAAUGAAGGAAACCCUGGAGGUUUCUACUUAGAUCAGAACUGACUCUUAAACUGUCAGUGUGUCUUUAAUAAUCACUGUAUCAUAAAAUAUCUCAAUCUGUCCAGUGAGGAGUGGAUGGCAUCAGUGAACUGUGACUUGGGGAAAUCUUGAGGCACUGCGUUGUUUUCAAAUAGGUAGUUAAGAUUAUUGACCCAACAAUAAAUGAGAACAAGAAACGAUAAACACAAAUGAGCAAGAUUUAAUUAAAACCCAAAAUCCAUUAAAGAUGGUACAUUGUCUGAAUGUUUCUGAAAGAGGACUUUAUUGGUUUGCAAAUUAUGUGAAAAACAAUAUUUAAUUCAAGAUCGUGCAAAGACAAGAUAUUUGACUGUUUUUGACUGUUUCACGAAACAAAUGUGCUCAUUUUACACAUGCACAAGAGGACUGCAUUAGUAAGAGAGUGAGACAAGCUAAAAAAGAUCAAAACAUCAUGGUGCUAAUGCUCAAACAACAAAUCUUAAAGAAAAAGAAUUGACAUAUGAAUAAGAAGAACUUAAUUAAUCCCCGAAUGGAAAUCCAGUUUUCUGUCGUCUCAGUUGUCAUGUGUCUAAAAGUCAUCUACUAUUUACAGAAGAGUUGUACAAUCUGAUGGCUGUCAGUACAAAAGAUCUUCUGAAUCUUUCUGUCCUGCAGCAAAGAGAGAGGAACCGUCCACCACCAUUGGCCCUCUGGUCCAUCAAGGUUUGUGAAGUGGGUGAUCCAUGUUCUUUAGAAUAGUCUCCACCUUCCUCAGUGUAGAUCUCUCCACCACAUCCUCCACUGAGUCCAGCUUGAAUCCAACCACAGAGCCAGUAGUGGUGGAGGCCAGUGUACUAAACACUCAGAGGUCAUUCUGGGACUCUGUAUCACCUGCCUUCUUCACCUGCCUUCCCAUAUCAUUAGGAAUGCAGGACAUUUACUCACCUUGCCACUGUCAAUCAUAAAUAGGCUCAGGCCCACAGAGUUUACCAGCUUUUCUACAUCAUGUUAAUAUAUCUAUUUAUUUUAGUUCAUUUAAGUUUUAUUUUAUCAGGAGAACCCACAUUGAGAUCAAAAAUCACUUUUUCUAAGUGUGUCCUGGCCAGGACAGUUGCCUCAUUGUACAUUUGAGUUUUAACCUGCAUUUGAGUAUGCAGCACAGACUGCAGACAGGCCAGUUCAGCAACAGGACUCCUCUACUACAGAGCCAUGCUCUUGUGAUACAGACAGACUGUGGUUUGUCAUUGUCUUGCUGAAAUAUGAAGGUCUACCCUGAAAGAAAUCAUCAUUGGGGUUGCAGCAUUUGUUGCUCCUUAACCUUUGUAUAUAUAUAUUUUGUUCAGCAUUAAUGGAGGUUUCACAGAUGGGUAAGCUGCCCAUGUAAUAAGCCGUAUCAUCAGGGAUGCUGGCUUUAAACAUCUCUGAUGGUUUGCUUGUUUGCACCGCUUCUCUCUGCAUGGUACAGUUCAAACUUGCAUUUAUGGAUUCAGCAAUUAAGUAAGGUCAUUCCUCUCCAGUCGUUCCUCUCCAGAGUCAUGUCUGCUUUCACUUCAGCCCCACCUAAGGGUCCAAAGAUUAGAGCCAUGGAGUAUCGAUUUUGAGCCUAGUCCUUUUUUUUGCAUAGUGAUCUCUCCAUAUUCUGUGAUAUUAUUUAAUGUAGAUGAUGAAAUCCUUUAACUCACACAGUCUCUUACAGAAUUACCAUCUGAACUUCUGCAAGACUAAACCUCUCUGAAACGUCCUAUUUUACUGACAUUUGCAGAAUAGCCAGUUGGUUCCUCUCGUCUUUAGAUCAGAGGAUGCAGCAUCCAUGAUUUCCAAAAAGACUGUCAAAUUUGUGAUUUGUCAAAGGAAAAGUUCAUUUUUUUGCUCUACCUUAUUUAAGUGUUAUGUGAAGAAUAAAAAAUCUCUACAGAUCAGUGUGUACACUACAGAUUUGGUCUCACCUCACUGAUUAAUUUCUAACUUAAAUAUGUGAUUAUUGUUUUUUAAAAUGGUGACACAGUAAAGAGAAGGACAGAGGAUGAAAGAGAGGACAGACUGGUUAAACUGGGACUGGUUGGAAUAAUCAGAAGCUGGAGGAAUGGAAAAGUCUGCUUUCUGUAUCUGAUCUUUCCAUUUUAUUUUUCUUCUUCUAAAAACGACUCACACACCCUGUCAUUGAGUAACCACACACACACAUGCAAGUAUGUGCGUGCAUACACACACAGUCCUCCCAGCCUGCUUUGGGUUCGUUUGGUUUGAUUUUGUGUGUGUGUGAGUGUGUGUGCAUGUGUGUGUGCGUGAUGCUUCUCUGGUAUUUAGUCCAACAGUCAGCAAUUUAUAGCUGUAAUUAUAGACUGUGGAAGAAAGAGACAGAGACUAUGAGCUUUCCUGCUGUGGCUUACUGUGUCGUACAGAUGUGUGUGUAAUGUGUAUACAAUUAAAGUGUGUAUGUGUGCGUGCGUGUGUGUGUGUUUAGUCUUGGCAUAUUUAGGUUAUGAUAGUGUAUAUGUUGAAAUUAAGUACAAGUGCAGACUGUUCCACAAACAGGCCUUCUGAUGGUCUCUGUGUUUCAGUUCAAUAUUUACAAGUCAAAUUGCUUUCACCGACGAACCCGCAGAGCCUUUUCACCAACUCCUCAGUUCCCCUUUAACUACACAGAGCCUGAAAAUGUGGUACAAGCUUUUUUUGUCACAGCCUUUGAAUCAAGUCGACUUGAGUUCCUCUGGAUUCAACUCUUGACAGAAAACUUUCCAGUCAUCAAAGUAUUAUUGCUCUGCUGAUAUUCAACCAUCAGUAUCUUGUUUUUUUUACAGUGUAAUCUUGCCAGUGUUGCUAGUUUUAAUGCUGCUUUUAUUUCUGUUUUUCAUUAUGAAAUUCUAGUGGUUAAUAUCAAGACCCACCCUGAUCCUCUCUGUCCACACACACCAUUGUACAAGUACUUACACAAUAGGAAUAUUAAUGCAGUUAGCACAUUCGGAAACAAAUAAGCCCAAAGCUUCUUUUCAUUAGAUUGUCAUUUGGAUUUAACCCUCAGUUUUCAGUUUUCAUGUCAUGGGUAGUUUCUUCUGUCACAGUUUUUUUAGUCUAGUCUUUCCCCUGUUGAUUUAUGUGUCAUAGGUAUCUCUGUUUUUCCCUCUGUCUGUCUCUAGUUUAGUCUCUAGUUUAAAAUUUAAUAACAAGAUACAACCUCAAUUUCUGAGAAUUCUGAGAUUGAAAAUCAGAUUGAAGAAUUUUGGAGAAUAAAUCUAAAUCUAAAUAAAUAAAAAAAGUCUAGGAAACAACCCAAGAUUUUGAGAUUGAGAGAAAAAAAUCAUAAGCCCCCAGAAUUUGGUUGGAGUUUUAAAAUAAAGCAAAAAUCCUGGAUAAAAGUGAGAAUUAAAACAGAAAAAGAUAAAAAUUCAGAGAAUCAAGAUGGAAGGUCAGAAUCUUGAAGGCAAAAGUCAAUAUUGAAAAAUUGUCAAAAUUUGGGGAAUAACAAUAACAUUCAGAGGAAAAUACAAGUCAAAAUACUUCAGAAAGAAGUGAAGUUGUUGAGAGAAUUUCAAGAAACAAGCCAGACCUCUCAGCAAAAAGUCAAAAUUAAAAAAAAAAGUUUGAAAAUGCAGAACAUCAGAACAACAAACAUGAUGUUAAAAAUAUGUCUGAAAUGAAGUAGUGCUGUAACCUUCCUCAGCUGUUUAAAAAAGCUUUUACAGAAUUAUUACACAGCAUGAUUGCAGAGACACAUGAACACACAUUAAUGAAAUAUGACUCCUUUCUUUCAUUCCCAUAGGUAUGCGCUGAAUUCACACAGAAACACUAUCAUAAUUAUCACAAUGUGUCUGGUGGUCCCAUUUGAUCUGACCAGUUUAAGCUUGACGACAACCUAUCUCACAUUUCUUCUUUCUGUCCCUCUCCAGGUGAGGAUGAGGAGUUAGGACCCCCUCCCACUGUGGACGAGGCAGCUGAUGCUCUGAUGACUCGGCUGGGCUUCUUGCUGGGAGACAAGAUCGUCAGUGGAGAGGGCGGAUCACAUUACAAUGAUCAGGAUGAUGCACAGGUGAAGAAAAACAAACAGAGAGUCAUCUAAAAAUCGAGUUUUAUAUAACCAACUUAAAUAUUAAAUAUAUUUAUAAUGUUUUUUGUUUUUCCCUCUAAGUUUUAUUCUCUGAAGAGACUGUCCUUAGUUUAUUAGCAUGGUCUCAUAAAUGGAAGUGUACGUGUUUGUCCACAUGCACACAUCGAACUGAGGAUGUCGUCUCUUUUUUCCCCUCAGAGGAUCUCUCCUUCCUCCAGUCUGGCCAGUAGCGGUGCCUCCCCCUGCUCCACUCUGCAGCCCCCUGCUGGAGGGGAGGGUAACAACAAUAACAAGCACUCCUCCUCUUUCCACGCCUCCGUCACCUCCCCGACCUCCACCUUAGAGAGCAGAGACAGCGGCAUCAUCGGUACAUGGCGGUUCUCAAAGCGUCUUAAAACCAAAAAAACACAUUUCCACUUCUGAACAAUCAAGCACUUUUCCUCUUUCUUUUUUAGCUACGCUUACCAGCUACUCCGCUGACUCUGCAGCAGAGCGGGAAGACAGCGCCAAAUACCCUGGAGAUGGUUACCAUGGCAGCAGCCUGAACCUCUGGCAGCAUGGGGGUCGGCCAGUGGUCUCCUCCAACUCAUCCUCCAGUAUGAUGGCAGGAAGAGUGAAUGAUGGUUUCCUGUACAGGACGGAAGACAACAUGUCCGCCUCUACUUACAGCCUCAACAAACUCCACCCCGAGCGAGGUCCUGGCUCUUCAGGCUCCACCCACUCCAUCCCGCUCUACCUCAUGCCUCGCCCCAAUUCAGUAGCUGGUAAGUUGGAUAAAUCAUGACGUGUGUAUGGGUGUGACUGACGCUGGUUUCCAGUCCUGCAGUUUGGACCCACAUACUCUUUCCUGUCAGGAAGGAAACUACAUCAUUCUCCCCCCUGCAUUAGUGAUAGAGAAAACAAAGGCUGAACUCCAAAGUGUGUCAGAAUCAAAGCUACUGUAACACAGUAUGGUGUAUAUAUUGUAUAUUGUUUCAAGGUAUUCUCACUGUUCUACAACAUGCGACCUUGUCAGAUAGGGUUUCUUCAUGGAAAUGAAAUCAGACUGAGACGCUAAGGUAGAAGAACUACCGCGUCUGCAGUGCAAAAUUAUCAGUAUGGUGAUUAUUACUUCAAGGAAACGAUAAAGAAAUGAUCAUAAAUGUUCUUCCUUGAGCUGCGUCACCCCGCAGCAGUCCGUAAUGGACUGUCCCGAGGUCUCGCUACAAACAAGCGGCUGCUGGAAGAGAGUAGGUGAGUUGUGUUUCGUCUCUUUGCUAAAGAAAUCAGGCAAAGCUGAAAGGAUGUUUGGUGGCUAGUUCUAUGGCUGGGACCCUAUAUGUACUGUUGAUGAAGUUAGGUGCUGUUCUGAGCAUUAUUUGUGACUCUAGAGAGGCGUUUUGGUUGAGGUUUGUUUAUGGCUCCUGAGACCACUGUGUAUUGCUAUCAUGCGGUCAUUACUAAAGUUGGUUUAACUAAAGAAGCAAGCGGUUAGCAAACAUUCAUCUUUUGAGGGGGUGUCUAACUCGGUGUUAUGGUGUGUUUGACCCUAACUUAGUUUUACGCCAAAAUAUUAAAUGGGUGACGAGUAAGACCAGUUUGGCUCCAGGGUUCUUCUGCCACAGAACCAUGCUGUUGUAAUUUGCCCAGAAUGUGGUGUGGCCUUGUUUUGCUGAAAUAUGAAGGUCUAGCCAUGCCAUUGACACCUGCAUCCCCACACCAUCAGAGAUGCUUGUUUUUGAACUGUGCGCUUAUAAUAGCCCAGGAGGUCUUUCUUCUAUUAAGAGUGGAGGAUGAAACCAUCAAUGAUUUCCAAUAAGAGUGUUGAAUUUUUUAUUUUUUAGACUACGGGAAAGUUUUCUACUUUGUCCAUCUUAAACAAGCUUGGAUCCCAAAGACGUUUCUGUAUUUUUUCAUAAAACAAUUGCAUUCUUUUGCGUCACCAUUUGAUAUGUCUUCUUUAAAUUAUUUUCAGAUGAAUACAGGCUCUGCAUGAUUUGCAUACCAUCUGUUUUUUGUCAACAUUUUACACAGUUUCCCAACUUCUGGAACUGGAGCCAUAUUUGUGCUUUUAACAACAGCGGAUAUGAAGUUUUUUAAGCCUGUAGACAAAUUGAGGUUGCAGUUACAGGAAGAAGAAGACAAACUUUAUUAAUCCCUGAGGGGAAUUUCAGUCUGUGACUCUGUUAUUAAACAUGCCACACACAAACAGACAAGAAAUAACUACAUGCUUUUCCAAAAAUGCUCUAAUAAAGAGAUGUCAGAGUCAGGGUCUGUACAGUUUGGAUUGAAGCUCUUGACUUCACAGCAGUGCCCAGGAAGUGAACGGGCACCUCUCCAGCUACAAGCCUAGUUUCCAUUCUUCAGUCCAUCUCAGGGCUUGAACCAGUGACCUUCCUGUUCUCAAAUCAAGUCCCUACAGGCUGACUGAAUGACCCUACAGACCAAGCUAAUAUCUGAGCACAGCAUUAUGAGUGGAAACAAAAGAGAGAGAGUGGCUGAGUUCAAACUCAUAGGACAACACGUGAAUCUCACUGGUUGAAUCUGAAUAACAAAAAAUAUUCAAAAUGGGGUGAUAUGGAGCUUUACAUGUGAAGCAAUGGUACAGAUCAACAAAAAAGCCAGUAAACAACAACAGGGCAAAUUGUUCUGAUCUCAGCCUCCUUUUCCUCUUGUGUCUCGUAAAAACUGAAAAAAACACAGCACUAUGGGAGAGGAAGGAAGGGACAUGUAUGACGUUUUCUGAAAACACAGACAGACACAUACAUACGCACAGGAUACAGAGCACAGAGCACUGGAGGGGAGUGUAACUGGACUGAUUCAAACACGCUUUCGGUAGGUCUCUGUCAUUUAUUGUUUGUUUUUGUGUAUUAGAUGAAGCUAAGGGCUGAAACUACUGAAAGUUUCUAACAUUUAUCAGAGCUUCAUUGGGUUUCAGUUCAGCUUUGUUGGAGCUGUAGUGGAUGACAAAUCAGUGCUCUCCACGGACAAUAUCACACUUGUCCAGCGUGUUCUUCACCUCACUCAGUUUAGAGAAGAAAAGGAAGUGAAGGUCUUUUUGGGAGCGUUGUGCUAGCACUAAUCUGCAGAAGCACCCAUUUAAGGUUUCAAGCGAAGCGAAGCAAGGCAGGCUUAUUUCUUGAGUAUAUUUUGGCAACGAGGCAAAUCUAAGUGGUUAACACAAAACUAGGAAAACUUUAAAAACCAACAAAAAGGUGACAUUAAAAACCACUAAAACAACCUUUUACAAACCAAAGCAAGAAGAAGCUAUUAUCAUGACAAAUAUGUAUUAAAACAGCAAAAUGGAAAGUUAACAUAUGAUAAUGUAAGACAAUUUUUUAACAUAAACACAUACAAGUUAAAGAAUUGAAGGGGAAAAAAUGAAGAUGACAUUCUUGGUUUUAUUUGAUUUGUUCGAACAAUUUGUUUUUUUAAGUCCCUCAUUUAGGGCAUGGGGCCAUGCUUUACCACUCAACAUUAUGUAUGUAUGAAACUGUGUGUCAUCUGCGUAGUUAUAAUACUUUAUUUUGUUGUUGUCCAUAAUCUAAACCAGCGGAGGGUUGAAAAUACUAAACAGAGGGGGUCCCAGGAUAGAGCCCCCAUAAAAUUCUUUUCUACUUAAAUGUGAAGUUACUUUGAGACACAAAGUUGUCUCUUUCCUCUCUCUAGGUAAGAGUGUUGUUGUUUUCUGUAGUUUGAGCCAGCAGAGCAAAAUAGAUACUUAACAGAAAAGGUCCUAGUAUAGAACUUUGGGGAACUCCAUAUGAAAUUUUUUUUCUGCUGAGAUGUGAAGUUAUGUGAGAAGAAGUCAUUGUCUUUAAGGUUUAAACCACUUCAACACUGUGCCAGAAAGUCGCCCUGAGUUCUCCAGUUAGUCAAGUAGUAUACAUGGUUAUCUGUAUUAAAAGCAACACUAAGAUCCAGUUCUAGGAUGUUUUUAAUUAAAUGUCAAAGAACUUAUCCAAAGCGGUCUCAGUGCUGUGAAGAGGCUGCUGUGCUUGUUGCAGUAAAAGUUGCAUAGCCAUUUGUAAAUAAGUGGCAUUUGUAGACACUGUGAUGUUGUAUGUUGGAAUCAAUAUUGUGUUGUUCCUCAAGUCAGUCAUCCCGACCUUCUGUCUUAUGUAGAAAAUUAUCAUAAUCCACCCCCUGUCUCUUUAUAGCCACCUGUUCGGCCCACCUUGAAGAUCUGGCUUACCUAGAUGAGCAGCAGAGACAUAUCCCAUCAAGGACAUCCCUCAGGAUGCCCAGACAGAACUCUGGGAGCCGUAGUCAACAGGAUCAUAGAGGUAAAAACUCAUUAACGCACUCCGAUGUUCCUCUAAUGCCUCACACGCACUGAUUUGUAAAAUUAUUAAACCACAAUCCUCCCAUGUUCCAUCUCCUGCAGUUCGGUUCACCCCCUCUCUCAACCUGAAGCCUCUCCGCUUUGAGGUCCCUGGUCUCUCGUCAGAUUGGCUCUUCACUGGCAGAGAAUGGCUCUACCAGGAAGUAGAUUUGUGUCUCUGUGGUGAUGACCCAGCAACCAGUCAGGGUGUGGUGAUUGUAGGGAACAUGGGCUUUGGAAAAACUGCGAUCAUCGCUCGUCUGGUGGCGCUCAGCUGUCAUGGGAAACGCAUGUUUCCAACAGCCAGCGACCAAACCACAACCAAAAGUAAGUGUGUCUUUAAUACCGAACCUUUCCAAAGUGAUGAGUUAAACUUUUUAAAUACAAAACAACACAUGCUUUACAAGGUGGACAUUAUUUUAUUCCUAUCUAAUUAUGCAUUUACUUUGGAAUGAUCUUUGCAACUUUUAGUCAAUCACACCGCUUACCUGCUGCCUAAAUCAAAUAAACUCAAAAACUCAAAUCAAGUUUUAACUUAUUUGCAGUGUAGUGUAGUGUAGUAGGAUGGAAACAACUAAAAUUGUUCAACUAGAUUUUAGAAUUGAUGAACACAUCACACGUAUCGUAUCGUAUUGUAUCCUGUCGUAUUGUAUCUUUGGUAUUCAUGUUGUUAUGUUUGGUGUGAUAUGAUAUUGAUUGGUUUGGUAAAGUUUGGACUGUUGUGGCACAUAUUCUUUCCCAUCAUGGUUUGCACUGUAACACAUUGUAUCUUCAGACAUCAUAUUCUGUGUUUUCUUUUUUGUACAUCCUGAACUCUCCUGUCUGCCUCUUGUUUUCUCAUAGUUUUCUAUCUUAUCUCCUCUUAUCUUAGCUCAUGUAUUCUUGACGUGUUAACUCAUCGUACUUUUCUGUAUUGCAUCUUAAUAAGCAAAGAGAGUGAUUUCCUCCUCACAGAUUUCCUCUCAUUUCCAUAAGUUGACAAAAAAACAUCAGACUGUGAGUCAUUAUGCAGACUUUUCAACAUUUAAUUACUUCCAUCUCUCGCUGAGGUUUAUUUGUGGUAAACAUGCACAAAUCCAUCUGUAAAGUAUCUGAAACAGUGUUUUUGUUUCAUACUGUUCAGUCCUGGAAGGCACUCGAGGGGGGACACAAUAAAUUCUUGGCAGAAGCCGUUUCUACAUGCUUUCCAAAGGACCCCCAUUUAAGUAAUUCCAGCCACAAAGAGAACCUCAUAUGCUCUGCUAAAGAGAGCUGAGUCAUCACGAGGAGCUCCAUAAAAUCAACCAGACUGACAACCAAGAAGUAGAAAACACAUGGAAUAAAGCUGAAGAAGCACAGUUUUAAAAAAAACAGCAGACAGAGCUGGAAAAGUUUAGUUUUGUGCAUCUUUGCUGAGCUUUGAAAUUUCUUAAAUCUUCAGGUGCAGAUGCUGCAUCUUUUUCUCAUGAUUCCUUGGGAAGAGGAGGAGGAGGUGAUGAAGGAGGAGGAAGCUGUCCAGGGACUCCAGAGAUGAGGAGGAGACAGGAGGAGGCGCUGAGGAGGCUUGCAGGACAGGUAAGAGAACGACUGCGCAGCUAUGAAAGUGACUAAGGUCCUGUAGAGAAACUCACAGUCAUUAAAUGUAACGUCCUGCACGUUUCUCCUCCUGUCUGUCUUUGCAGGUGGUCUCCUAUCACUUCUGUCAGGCUGAUAACUGUCACACCUGUCUGGUCCCGGAGUUUGUUUACAACAUGGCCGCCAUGCUGAGUGAAGCUCCCCAGCUGACAGCCUAUCGAGAGCUGCUGCAUCAGUCCUCACAGCUGCAGAGUACACUGAGUCUGCGCUCCUGCAUCCAGGACCCAAACUCUGCUCUGCAGCGAGGGAUACUGGAACCACUGGAUGCUCUCUACAGAGGUACGAACAGCUUCAACUGAGUGUAACCUUUUUUUCUAACCAUGCACCUUAUUUCUGUUCUGUAUAAAGAAAACGCCAUAGAAGUUCUAAAAAAAAAGUUUUAAAAGUUUUCUAUCAAGACUCCUUCAGAAGCAGCAUUUAAAUACCAGCAUCAAGUUGAUGAGGGAGGUUAAUUUUUCACAUUAGUUCAGAGGACAUUAUUUGGAGGUGGCAGAUACUAGUCAGUGGUGCCAUUAUUGGUCAUUAUAUAACCUGUAAAUUGUUGCAUCUCUAGUUUUGUCAAUAUAACAACAAAUUCUCAUAAAUCCUUCUUUUAUGUCUGAAAUAGAUACUUCAUUUAUCUGUUCAACCACGAGCUGUGCAGCUUUUCAUUGGCUCAGUUUAGACACCUGAUGCUCUCUAAAGACAUGCACAGCUCAAACUCAAACAAAGUCUGUUUACUGGGAUAAAUAUGUUUGGUUUUUUUUCACUUGAUCUUUUCAGCUUUUUCACCUGAAUGAGACUAUAACUGUUGACAUUUAUUGAUUCAUGACAUGAUUGUACUUAAGGCUUUAUAGCUGACAUCAGAAGUCUUGCUCAUCACUGCUACAGUGCGAAGACGCCAUCCGUACACGCCUGCAGACUUUAACAUUGGCUCAGUUUGGUCAGCAGUUUCACAGAGGUUCAAAAGAAGGAAUCAAAACUAUCAGAAAUGCCCUGCCUGUGAUUUAAGGAAAUGUACAGACGGAUAUGAAACUUUAAUAGCUGUCUUUUUGAAAGGGAAUUUAGUAAGCUAAGGCAAAAAGAAAUACUUUUUCCUGUCAAGUGACCACUUCUUCAAUUUUCAUUUUAAGCAUUUGAACUUGUUUGGAUGUCUUUGCAUUUGCAUUGCAUGUGAACUUGGAUCUGUUGUGUGAUCUAAGUGUAACAGUUGAGUAUUUUGCUUGUAUAUUUUGUCAGCUCAGUCAUAUUUACAUAUUAUUACAUAUUUCAAAGUCAUUCUGGCUUCUUUAUGGAUAAAAAAAAGACAAUAUAUGAAUAACAAAGUGGAGUAGAAUUUAUUUUCUUGUGUUCUGUGGAGUAAAAAUCAUCUCCUUUAGCUGUUCUGUUUUUUUUUGUUUUUUUUAUUCCAGAGAGAAAGCUGCAUGUGGAGAGGGCGGGGCUUAUUGUUUUGAUUGACGGGCUGAAUGAGGCAGAGUUCCACCGGCCGGACUACGGUGACACGCUGACUUCCUUCCUGGCCCGAAACGUUGAGAAAUUUCCUUCCUGGUUGAAGAUAAUCACCACUGUGAGGACGGGUCAGCAGGUAUGGAUACACAGGACACACACACACAAACACACACUCACACACACACACAAGCACCAUGACAUUUAAAACUGGUUUAUUUAACAUUUGGAUGUUCUGAUUUUGUGUGUCGUCAUUAUUGUCUUUCCAUGGCAACAAAUUCUUGUCAACCUCCUCACGGGACAUAUAACACCAUCUGAAAUUGUUUCUGUCUUCUUCUUCUGACACAGGACAUUACUUCCUCUCUACCUUUUCACCGCAUCUCAUUGGACAGGAUGGAGGAGAACAACGCCAUAGACAAAGAUCUGCAGGUAACAAACACACCUUCUCUCUUCAUCAACCUGUUUGUCUUUAUUUAUCCAUCGGCACACACAGUAUAUCUCUGUUUUCUUUCCCUCUCUCAGGGGUAUCUGAUGCAGCGUAUUCACAGCAGCUCUCAGAUCCAGAGCAACGUCUCGCUCAGUAACGGACGCCUUGAUAACAUGGCUCUGGCCAAACUGAUCAGCCACCUCAAGAGCCUGAGCAAAGGAUCAUACCUGUACCUUAAACUGACCCUGGACCUGAUUGAGAGGGGAUACCUGGUCCUUAAGAGCUCCAGCUUUAAGGUGAGGAAGAAGAGGGAGAGGGGAGCCAGAGCAGAAAAGUCAAGUUUGGAAUUGUUUUGGUUAUGUGCCUUGCUUAUUUGUUUGGUCAUUUUUUAUCAAAAAGUUGGUAAAAAAUCCCAGAAGAAGUGGAAAAAUUAAGUGUUGAAACUGUCCUCUCAUACCUUUGCUCUUUUGUGUGUGUGAAAAAACCCUGACUAAUUUUGUUGUGCCGUCAUUUAAAAAUACAUCUAAUAAGCCAGUAAACUUAUUAUAUUUACAGGUCAGAUUAAAACAGUUCUUUUUGGAUGUGCACCUUCUUGUAGGUGGUCCCUGUUAGUCUUGCGGAAGUUUACCUGCUGCAGCUGAACAUCAGAUUUCCCACCCAGUCAUCUUUCCAGAGAGUUCUGCCACUGCUGAAUGUCGCUGUGGCUUCACUGCACCCACUGACUGAUCAGCAGGUACCCACCUUCAACUUUUCGAUGCCAAUAAAAUGAUAAUAUGCUGAGACACUGAUCGAAAAUCCUGAACAUUGUGAACAGUUAUCCAUGUUUGCGUUAUUAUUUUGUAGCCUGCUCAUGUCAUCUUGCAUGGAGAUUCUAAAUGUGUGUUCUCUGAUGUUUUGCAGACAAAAAUAAACCUAAAGCAAUAAAAACGACUGUUUUUGUCUCUUUCUCAGCUGUUUGAGGUGGUGAAUGCUGGUGCUCUGGCCGGUGGAGCUCUGCCCUGGGGGGAGUUUGUGCAGCGCCUGGAGCAGCUCUCCUCCUUCUUGCUGAGGCGGAGCGACGGCACCUGGAUGAUAAACCACGCCUCCUUCAGGGAAUGGCUGGUGUGGAGGGAGGAUGGGCAGGAUGACAGGUUCCUUUGUGACCCCAGGUACAGAGAAACAAAAAUGAUCUACCUGCUGCACAGAGCUGCGUUGUGCACUCUCAACCUGAUGGAGCUCGCAUCUGUCCGUGUAUAAAUGAUGAGCUGUAUGGAGAGUGGAAACUUUUGAUCACUGUAUUGUAAGGUUGAUUUAAAAAAGAUGCAAAACAAAUUUCACAAUUUAUAUCAAAGUCUCAGUUCUGGAGUUAGUGAGAGCAGCUUGUUCAAAUAAGAAAAUACCUCUUGUGUACCGGCUUCAGGCUGUCUGAACAUGGAAAAAACAUGAAACAGAAACAGAAAGUAGGCACUGCCAGCACAAAAAACAUAUGUUAGUGGACACAAUGUUGUAAAAGCUGGACAGAUUAUUUGGGGGCCCAAAGUAGGAGCAAGGGACUCAGACUGUGCUAUAUAUUUCCUCAGGAGCGGACACACUUUGCUGGCGUUCUGGCUCUGCAGGCAAGAAGGAAAGUUGAACAAACAGCAGACGCUGGAGCUGGGACAUCACAUCCUGAAGGCUCACAUCUACAAGGUGAGCUCACAGAGAGCAAAGAUGGAGGGAAGAUAAAGUGAGAUUAGAGGGUGUAGAGCCAGAGUUUUCAGUUCCAUGGAGCUGGCUGUCUUUUAACCUGUGUGAAUCACCAUGGUAACUCAUGCUUUAGAGUCAGACUGCAAAAAUACCAGAUAUUUAUGAAGAAAGAAAUUUAAGGUGGAGCGUUUUCUAUCAUCUAACUCAGUGCAUGAGUUGACAUUGUGAAUUGUAAAUUGAUCAUACCGCCUUAAAUGUCAAAACCAUCACUGAAAAUUGUCAGCCAAAGACCUGUUGGUUUUAUUCCUCUCCAUGUUCAAACUUAACAAUUUCAAAUAAGUUCCUUUAAAUUUCCGUUUCUCUAUAUGUUUCUGUCGCCAGGGUCUGAGUAAGAAGCUUGGGGUUUCCUCCUCAGUCCUGCAGGGGCUCUGGCUGUCCUACAGCACAGGCAGCCUGAGCUCAACCCUCUCAUCGCUGCGUAACCUCUACACCCCAAACAUCAAGGUAACAAACACACAGCAUGAAUAAAUUCACCUGUACCUGCUCUGAAAGGUGAGCUCAAACCUUCCUCUCUACCUGUGCAGGUGAGCAGGCUGCUGAUAAUGGGUGGGGCUGAGGUGGAUUUCCGUAGCGAUGUCCUUAACAAUGCCCCCCUGCUGUGUGUCCACGCUCACCUGGGACACAGUGAUGCUGUGGCUCUGCUGCUCGACCACGGAGCUCAGGUGAUCAGAUUUUUAUUUUACCUGACCUUGAGGAGUCAUUACUCGUAAGUUAAAUAUUGUGCCAGUAAAAUGGAAACAAAGAAUUUUGUGUCUUGUGUUUGAAGGUGGACGCUCAGUCACAUGACGGUAUGACUGCGCUGGGAUUCGCUGCAGCAGCCGGACAUCUGAAUAUUGUCACCAUGCUGAGUCAGUGUGGAGCAAAGGUACCUGUCCACCCGUCUACAUGUUAGAUCCUCUGUGUUUUAAUCACCAAGAGUUUAAAAUCAUUGCUCUUUGGCACCAUCCAGUGGUUGUAUCGAGAACAGUAUAUGGUAUUUGUUUUGGUAGGCAGCAAAGGGACACAUCUUGGUUCUCUGAAUUUGCAUCCUUGCAUCCUCAACUUACAUGUUUUCCUUGCAUAAUUGUUCUGUACGCCAAAGAUGCAAGGAAAUAAAAGAGAUAUGAAACAUCCUCUCCACCUGCACAUGAAAACAGCUUGCACUCUGUUUCUUUUGAGUCCAGCUUGGACCCAUACGAACCAUCAUUUUGAGUAAAAUGCAACAUUAUUAAAAAUUUUAUCACAUAUUUCCAUUUAUAUUUGUACUUUGUGUAUAUCUGACUGUGAUAUCGAUAUCUUCUGCCACAGCCUUCUUUUUUGAUGUCUGGUUAAUGUAAUGAAUGUUGAUUACUCAUAGACAGACUCCUACUUCUAAAUACAGAGUAAAAAUUGUUUUCAUAAUUAAAUGAAACAGGAGAAAUCGCUGGUAAUGCAAAGGAAAUAAAUCUGUAAAUGAGUCAGAAAACAAAUCAGUGAUCCUUGAUUUGUGAGAGUCGUGCUCAGAGGACAGUAAAUUAUACAGAAGAGUCACAACAGGCAAUGAGAUCUGAUAUAAAACAGACAAAUAAAUACAGUGAAAAACCUCUCUGUGUGCCCAGGUGGGUCACGUGGACAGCUCAGGUCGAUGUGUGUUGGUGCACGCCACUCAGCGUGGACACCUCCAGGUGCUUCGCUUCCUGCUGAGGCGAGCAGAUUGGGACUGUACUACCUGCUGCAGUCAGAGGGGGGCGAGCAGGAGUCAGGCGGUGCAGCAGGCUCUGAUCGCAGCAGCCAGCAAGGGCCAUGCAGAGGUUGAACACAUGCAGAUACACACACAGUUUUUUUUCAUAUUUAUAACUGAAUAUAACUUUAUUCUUAUAAUUUGUUUGAUACAUUGGUAUUCUGUGCAGGUGGUGUCCUACCUCUUGGAUCUGCCGGAGGAGGAUGAGGAGGAAGAGGAGAGACCUGAGAUCAACACACCUGACAGUCUAUGGGGGGAGACAGGUACAAAACAAAUGGGUUGUACACAAUGUGGACACACCAAAACAGCCUCAGAUUUUUCUGAUCCAAGACACAAACUCUGCUUUAUCGGCUUAUGUUGGAAACAGAGUCUCUAACCGUGAAGAGUCAAAAAACGUCUCCAUAGACUCACAUAUUUCUAUUUAAUAAUCAUGAUUCUGUCUGUGUGUGUCUGUGUGUGUCUGUGUGUUUGUGUCUGUGUUUCAGCUCUGACCGCAGCAGCAGCAGGCGGCCGGCUGUCUGUCUGCAGGUUGUUGUUAGAUCAGGAGGCUGAUGUGAAGCAAGUAAACAGGCGAGGUGUGGCUCCGCUCUUCAGUGCUGUGAGAGGUGGACACUGGAAGGUACAGGAGUGCGAACAAACACACAUUUUAUCCUAUUAAACCAUUAAUUCACACAGAAUAUAUACAUUAGGAUACAAAGCCUCUUGAUACAGCAGCAUAAGAAAAUUCCACUUUAUGUGUCAAAAACUACGUGAGACAUGCCCUCUGUGAUCAUUAAUCCUGUUUUUAUAACCAUCAAUGCUGAUAAAACAAUCUUGUUUAGUUUGGCUUCAGGUGGUUCUGUAGCUAAUCGUGGGAUAAGGGAGCAGGCACAUUUAAUUACUCACCCAAGAUAGAACAAGCUCAAGAAAUUAAGACCAAAUUAAGAAUCUCUUCAUGUGACCAAAGAUUGCAACAGCUGAAAGAGUUUAGGUAGGUAAAUAUUUAAGAACAUAUAUAAAAUAGUAGAUUAUGUGGGAGGCUGUAAAGGAAGAUUUCCAGUCUUUAGCCCUACAAAAUGACAAGACAGACAAGACGUAGUGUUGAGUGCCGAAACCCAAGACAGAAACAAAUCCUGACAUAGCAUCAUACACCGCCUUAUGAUUGUCAUCGUUAUUAAGUUAAAGGUUCACUAUAACUGUUACUAUAGGCGUUCAACUCUGGUGAUGGAUCUGCAGCCCCUCAGUUUGUGAUCUCAUUAGUACAGUUAUCUGAGUGGGCAGGUGACUGGCAGCCUGAAUGUUGUCUGGUGGGGGCAGACUGAUGCAGGCAAAUGCAAAGGUGGAAAUACACCCUCCAAAAAACUUUGCGAGCUCACCAGCAGAGCAGAGGCCAGUUCACUACAUGUAUGAUCCAUAAUAUGACCACAAACAAGAGGAGGCAGCAGCUGUUAAACUGCAUGUCUCUGAGUGGUGCACCAAAAUUUAAGUAUUUCAAGUUCACAGAUGUCGCUACAAGACUCUGCAUGUGAUAGAAAGAUCAAACUAGAAAACGGUGGCAUAACAGCAAAAGCAUGUCUUCAAACGAUGCUCACGACACGUAAUCUCUUAAAUUACACAAAGUGGCAACAAGACAGAUGGCGUGUUUGUUGUUGUUGGGUCAUAAACUGUUGUAAAAAUCUUUUUAUGAGGGUUUUUUGUUAUUCAUUAUGGGGGGCCAGACUGAAUUCUUCCUCCAGAGACGUUGAUUGUGUGUCCUUGUCUUUGUCUUUGGUCAGGUUGUGGAGCUGUUGUUGAAUCAGGGGCUGGACGUGAACAUGGUUGACCAGAACGGACGAACCGCUCUAAUGACGGCAGCCUCAGAGGGACAUUUGACCACCGCUCAGCUCCUUCUUGAUCAUGGUAAUCACUUGUAUUUACUACCACAGAAACAACCUCUUGUUGGCCGUAUUUUUUCAGACUUUAAAGGGAAAAUAUUUAAUUGGACCGUUUGUCCUGAGACGUUGGAGAUAUUAAUCUGUUUGUUUUUUUUUUUGUUUUUUUUUUUUCAGGUGCAUCUCUCGACCACACUGACAGGGAGGGAUUAACAGCUCUGAGCUGGGCAUGUCUGAAAGGAAAGCUCCCAUUGGUCAGAGAGCUGGUGGAAAGAGGAGCAGCUACAACCCACGCCGACCGCAGCGUCCGAACUCCUCUGGAUCUGGCUGCAUUCUGUGGUGACCCAGAAGUGGUGAGUUAAAUGGACACAAUCUUUGCUAAUAUUUACGGUAUUUAAAACGAUCAAUCAAACGUGUCUGUCUCUGUCUUCUCUGUACUGCACACUAGCACCAAUAGUGUAAAGACUUGGAAUUCUAUUGAGUUUUAUUCUCUCUUUGCUCAAACAAAUCUUAUAUUUGACAAUUUUAACACCUUAAAACUCACAGAACGUCUCACAUGCAUAAAUAUGAUGACAAAUUUUGCGUUGCAAAUGUUUGAAACAAAAAAUCUCAGUUUUUCAAAAAAAGGAAACUUCAAAGCUGACUAAAAAGACUCUUGCAGCCCUUUGCAAAACUCCAGAGAGAAAGAGAGAGUGAGACAUUAAAAGGUUUUCUUUAGUUAAGCAAAUUAUUAGCACAUAUUUUGUUUUUGUGUUCCUUUUUUCAAACCUUUCUAGAAAUGUUGGUUAAUUUAUACUAAAUCUGUUUUAUGGAACUCCUGAAAAGUGUCUUGGACUUUGAAAAAAAAAAAAAAACACAAGAUAUAUAUUUUUAUUCAUUUAUUAUUCAUAUCCAUUAAUCCAUGUGAAGUUGCUCUGAUAUUGUUCCACAUUUUUCUCUACAUUUUGUUAAUGUCCCUACAAUAUUUAUUACUAUAAAUAUCAAAUAUCCAUGUUAAUAUUCUAUGUAAAAUAUUAAUGACUUUUGGUAAUAUUUCUUGACAGCAUCAGUGCAGAAAUUGGACAAAGCGAUUCAGCCUCUUUUACAAUGAAAACAUGCUGAGGUUGCUAUUGUCUCUGUCUGUAUCAGGUGCAGUACCUGGUGGAUCACGGUGCCUCUGUGGAGCAUGUGGAUUGUAAUGGGAUGCGUCCUCUGGACCGAGCGGUCGGCUGCAGGAACACUUCAGCUGUCAUUGCUCUGCUGAGAAAAGGAGCCAAAAUAGGUAAAAACAAGACUUUGUCCUCUGGGGGGUUGGAGAGCCAGCUUGAAAAUAAAGCUUAAAGAUGAAAAAUAGAAGUUGAUUCAUAAAAACUUACUUGGCAUGGAUAGUAAAAUGUGUCAUAUGUCUCUGGCGCUAUGAUGUUUAUCUUAUUUUGUCUGUGUCUGCAGGACCAGCAACCUGGGCCAUGGCCACCUCUAAACCAGAUAUUUUGAUGGUCCUUCUCAGCAAACUGAUGCAAGAAGGAGACAAACUGUACAAGGUAAAGCUCAAGCCCAGACACACUGCAUUGAAAAGUCUCAGGCUUUUAGUUAAUAUGAGUUUCCUGUAUGUUGUUUGAAUUUUGUAGCAAGGUAAAGUGAGGGAAGCUGCUCACUCCUAUCAGUCAGCUCUUCAGAAGUUUCCAGGAGAUGAGCUGAAGGCAUUACGACAGCUGAGGGUGUGUGUGCUGCUCAACCUGUCACGCUGUCACCGCAAGAUGAACGUAAGUUUGUCUGGCUUUCUCUGUGUUGACUGUGAUUUUAAAAAAAAAUCAUGCCCUAAAUGAAUUUUAGGAUCAUAACCUCACAACCUCCUGUCUUCUGUCUUGUUGUCUCAUUGUUUUUUCUUCACAGGAUUUCGGCCUCGCUGAAGAGUUUGCUACCAAGGCGCUGGAGCUGAAAGCUAAAUCUUAUGAGGCCUUUUAUGCCAGAGCCCGAGCCAAACGCGGUCGCAGGUAACCAUAGCAACAUAAGGAUAAAUCAUUGAACCAAUCACUUUAAAUGAAUAAUGCAUAAAUCCAGUGACUGAGUUUGUCUUUCAUAGUUAUGUUGAAAGGUAUUAUUCUUGUAGUCUUGGAUUUUAAGUAACUUAUUAAACAGACUGACUUCAAUACUGGGGCCUCAAUAUGUUUUAAAAAGCAACCAAGACCAUCAGCAACAAGACAAUUAAUUUCAAAGAGUAAAUUACUGCUGCCAGGAAAGUGUCAAGAGAUAUUGGUUUGUCCAUAAGGGGCGCUAAAAUCAAUUCAAACCAAAGCAACACAUGUGAUCUGCACAUCUAUGCCUCAUUCUUAAGUGCGUCAGUUUUGAAUAGAAUAUUGUCUUGGCUAUGCAAAAACAGCUGUAAGCCCUUACUAUUGAUAUCCAUUAUUUAUUGUUCAGAUAUCUAUGUGCUCCACCAACAGCCCCAUAAUAUUUCCAGUUCCACACAGAGGGUUAGUGGUCAUCAUAAGAUCAGUUCUAGGAUUGGUGGACUCUGUUACAUGAUCCAUCUCAGCAUUCUUCAGUCAUCCUCUGAAAUCGUGUUUUGUCUUUCUCUUUUGCCAAUCAGACAGUACCAUGCAGCUCUGGAGGACCUCAUUGAGGCCAGCCGUCUCUGUCCAUCCAACCGUGAGAUCCAGCGUCUGCUGUCCAGGGUCAAGGAAGAGUGUCGACAGGCCGCACGGCAACAAGACUCUCCCACGCCACCGUCACAUCAGGUUUAUCAUCAAAAUGUUCCUGCCAAUGAGGUCAGGAGCAGAGAUUCAGGCUGUCUGCAGGUGCAGGACAGAGAUGGGCUUACUGAGGAAGAGGAAGAAGGCGAGGAAGAGGAUGUUAGGGGUUACAGAGAAGGAGAUGCCCAAACACAUCCCUCUUCCCUAUCCCCGACUCAUCUGUAUCGCCAUCCUCCCUCCUCCUCCUCACCCUCUCAUUCUGCACCACCACCACUUUCAUCCUCUAGCCGCCAUUUUAGCCCUCCUCCUUCACUGAUGCAGUAUCAGCAGCAAGAGACAGAAAACAUGCCUGGAAACGGGGGCCAACAACACCAUCCAGGCUUUCUACACAUAGACCAGAAUCCAGGAAUGCAGCAUCACCACCAGUACCUGCCCAAUCAGAGAUCUUUCCAAAAGCAGAACUCUUGUCAAGCCCAGUGGCUCCAACCAGCUAAAGUACAGAUUGUCAGAACCAGUCCACCCAGUUCCUCAGUUCAGUCAAGUUCAGUCUUGGGAAGUUCUGCUUACUCCCAUUUUGGCCAAUUGCCUCAAGAACUGGCCAAGCUGGGGGAGGCCAUUGGCCUAGACUUCAGGCCUACCCUGCAGGUCCAAGCUGGUCUGGGCUCUGGAGCCUCAUAUACCCCAGAUGAUGUGGACGAUUUUGUCUCUCAGACCAGACCCAUGCCUGCAUACGCUAGAGAUGGAGGAGUGGAUAGGGCAGGGGUUAAUCGUUUUGUCCAGGCACGCCAGUUCAGCCGCAACCAAUUAAAAGCAGCCCACUACCCCAUGGAAGUAACAGAAGCCACAACAGGGCCUCCUGACAACCUUUUGUCAGCAUAUAAUUAUGAAUACCACCACCAGGGUGGACCAAGACGCCCAGUGAGCGCCCACCCUUCAGCUCCACCUCCAAAGCCUCUUUCUCACUCCCAGAGCACCAGUGUCCGGUUUUCCACCGGUCCCCAACCCUACAGUCAAGGCCAGGCCUUUAGGACAUCUGCCUCCACCCAGCAUAUGGACUUGCCCCCAGAUCUGGCAUCUAUCGGAGGGUUUACUGGUUAUGACGACCUCUUCCUAAACUCCUCUCCACAGUCAGAAAUGUGCAUUGGAGGUGGUACUUACCCUGGAGAGGCAGGCCGUUCAUCCAGAAACACUCCUUUUAUGGGCAUCAAUGACAGAACCAUAAGGGUCCACCAGCAGUACCAACAACAAGCUCCUUCCAGUUCUUCAUCCUGUCUCAGUCCAUCUCGCUCCUGGGCUGUGUCUUCAGUUGACACUGUGGUCAGCUCACCUAGCAAAACCCCAAACAACCAAGGGGGCCUGGGUAAACCCCAGCCAUCCUCCAUUGCCUACUACAACCGCAGCAACAACAAUGCCCACAAUGGUCACCUCCUUUAUGACAACCAGCUGGACUACCAAGAGGUGCAGCCAGGAGGUGGCCAGGUUGCCAGUCAGAACCCCUCCUACCUGGAUGUCAAGCUGGCUCGAACUCUGCCUGUCAUCCACAACUGCUCAGAUAGGCAAAAAGGUCCUACCUCCCCUGUCAAACCAAAAAGACCCUUUGUUGAAUCCAAUGUAUAAGGACCGAUUGGUGGUUUGAAUCAAGAGGGGAGGGAUAAAUGAAGAUUGCUAAGAAAAAUGUGCACUCCUCUGGGCCUAUGGGAUGCUUCAACUGUUAGAAGUGUAGUUUGUACGACAGGUAGUACAUAUAAUGGGUGGUUCAUACGCCCGGUAUUACCUGUGACCUGUUGUUCAUGCAUCUGAUGGUUCCUACAACUGGAAAUUCUUUCAGUGGGUGGAUUCUAUGACUGGUGAUCUAUAGCAACACUGGCCUGUCUACUGGCGAAUCAUACAACUUUCAGCUAAUAUGGCUGGUGGUUUGUGCAACUGUUAGUUCAUAUCUGGCUGAAGGUUAGAAAAACUGGUAGUUGGUACGAUCAGGAGUUCUUGAGACUGAUAGAUCAUAAGAUUGGCAGUUGUUGUUCAUAAGACAGAUAGAUCUUAUGACUGGUAGUUUAUAUAACUUGAUGUUUGUACAACAAGAUUGUAACAUGACUGGAAAUUCAUGCAACUUCAAGUUUAUACUGCUAAUGAAGUGGUAGUUUAUAUAACCACUAAUUCAUCCAACUAGCAGUCUGUUGGAUGAUUGGGUUGUACAACUGGUAGUUCGUACAACUAGUGUUGUACUUGACUGGCAGUCAAGUUACAGUUUUGUUCAAUGGUUAGAUUACGCAAAUGCUGGAAGUUCCUAUCUGAUAACUGGAAUUUUAUAUAUGAUAAACAUCAAGACAGUCAAGACAUUUUAGUUCAACUGGUUUCACCAGAAGUUUGCAAGCCCAGUGGGUCAAACAGCUUGAAGUCUGUUCAACUUGUGGCUAGUACCGGUAGGUUAUGUGUAGGGAUGGGAUUGGAGAUUACGUUCCAGCUGGUACAGGUUAUCAACAACUGUUUUAACUGUAUUCUCUUGAAGUAGAUCAGUACGACAUACUUGACUCACUGUAAAAUCCACUUGCUUUGUGAGACUGGCAGCUUUCCAGAGAUAAACUCUGUUUUAAGAGACUGUCCAGGUUCGUUUACUUAAAAAACAAGGUUAUCUGUGGUUAUGUAUGUCUGAACUUCUGUAUCAAUUCUGCUGGUAGCUAGUUGUGCUAUACAGAGGCUGCCUUCUUGGUAUUGGUCUGUUGAUCAAUCAAAGGCUGCACCUGCUAUAUUUUCUUUCACACUAAAAAGCUACCAUAACUGAAAAGGGAAUUCAUAAGGGACUGGAUUGGCAAGCAGAAAUGGUAAUGGCAUAGGUAUCAAUAGAAUCUUAUCAACUCCCAUCCCUAGACAGGUGACUGGUGGUACAUAAAUCAACAAGUCUGUUGACUGGCAUUGGCUAGCUUGUAGGUUGGACAACUGGUAGUUCAUAGCUCACCAGAAGUUUGUCAACUGGCAGAUCAUACAUUUGACUGUCUGUACUUACUCUACAACUGAUGGUAGGUAUAAGCAGUAAUUGACAAAACUGGUAGUUCAUACAAACUGAAUUUUGUACAACUGGUAAUUUGAUUGUCUGGUAGUUUAUAUAACUGCAAGUUUGUAAGACUGGAGGUCCAUACUGAAGUGGGUCCAUUCGAUUGGUGGUUCCUACUACCGGUUGUUUGUCUGGUAGCUUUCAGAACUGGUUGUUCAUACAACUGGUCGUUUGUACAGCUUAUUUGUUGGACUUGCAGCUGGUAUAACUGGCAGUAAUCAAGACUUUAUCAAGCAAUUAAUUUGAAGCAUUUGGCAUUAAUAGUUCAGAUCAAAUAAAGCACAAAGUACGCACAGAAAGUUGCAUGUCAACUGCAAGUCUGCCCAGUAACCAGCAAGAGAGACAGACAUGAAGCUCAGAUGAAGAAGAUAAGGGAGAAGUAAGCAUACUUUUACAUCAGCCAGCUCUAGUCAUUAAAAAAAGAAAAUGAAGAUCAGGAUUUGAGGGAAAUCUGAAGUAAUAUUCUUCUCUCUGGCUUACCAUACAUUUGAAAACUGAAAGUUAAAGUGCUUAAUUAAUGACUGGAAACCUGAAUACAGUCACUGCAAGUCCCAGUCUGUGAGGCUUGUGCUGGUCAGUGACCUGGUCCCAAGCCAUAGUUUGAGAAACUAGGAAAUGCUGUCAUUGAUAAGGCACUGACUUGCUGUAUAUAAAUAAUAUGUGAUAUUUAUCUUUUGAAAGUUCUAUCUGUAUUAAACUGUAUAAAAAUGCUUCUCUGAAAAUGGUAGACUCCUUAUUGAUUUGCCUGUAAAUGUUCUCUUUUUUUGUUUGUUUGUUUUUUUUACAUGGAACAAGGAGAUGAAACAAAUUCUUUCAAAAUGCCAAACAAAAAAAUGAAUGAAAGUUCAGUUUUGCUCAGUUUUGAGUAAACAUGUCUGUCUUGUAAAAAUACUUUUUGAGGUUUGGGGGUUUUCUUUGCUUGAGGACAGGGUUAGGUUUUUUCCUCUAACCUUAACCCUAACCCUUAGAACUCGUUUUGUAUUAUGUAGUUCUUUAAUUCCUAAUUUAUGCAAACCACAAGGUUCCUUCCUGAUUUCUUGGGGCCUUUAUGACUGUUUGUUAUGAAGUGAGUGCUUACAUUCUCCACAAGCUGCCAGAAACUAAAUAGGAGCCCCAUUUUCCCAACAUCUACUAGGGUGAAAGAGGUAUAACUCCAUCUCUGCUGUUUAGGGAUGGUACCCCAACAGAGAGGUGCCAAAACAGUAAGAUGUUACAGGUGAGCUAUUUGGGUUUCUUUCCCAUUUUUUGACCAAGGACAUGCAAAUAAUUUCAUACCUUACCAAACAAAACCGAACCAGACUGUUUGACAGGUACAUGACUUGAGGAAUGGGUUGAUAGUAGCUGUUAGAGUCAAACAAAGUCAGAUGGUGGUGUCAUUUCCAAUAUGACAAACCUGUUUUUGGCUUCAUGACUCUUUUUCAUAUAUCAAUGGGAAAUAUCACUGAGACUACAUCCAUGUUUUAAAAUGCCUGAUAGCCUGACAGUUAGCGAGCAUCCAUCCUGGUGUUCAGGAAAUGGGACUUUGCCUUCUUUUCUAAAUGUACUUUGUGCACAUAGUUCCUGUUUCUUGAGCUGCUUUGUUUUAGAGCUGCUGAUGGAGUCCAUGACCUCUGACCUCUUUGUAACAACACAGUCUCUGUGCUCCUUAUUUCUUACUGCUCAGGAUUUCCAUCUGUGAGGAAACGUUGUAAUAUCUUUAGUGCAAAAGCCAUUUUUACAGACAGACUGCUGGUAAUGUGGUAAAUCUGAUUGGAAUAUGAAGUUUAUCAGAAAAUUAAUCAGAAGUUCAAAACUGAUGUAAAAUAUUGAAACUUCUUCAUAGAGCAUCAAUGUUGUUUCAGAUCUUUUUGAUCACCAAUAAUGUGUUGCUCUGAACGUUUUAGAAGUUACUCUCGACCUUCUUAAAGAUUAUGAGCCACACCACAGAUAAACCAGCAUAACUUCACCUAGAAUCUGUGGAGCUGAUGUCGAAUGUGUGUGUGUUUCUAGUUAUUAAAGUCAAUGUUGGCUUUUUCCAUUGUGUUUAUAAUAAGUUAUUAUUUAAAACCCAGAAUGGUGUCAUGGACAAGGAAAAAAAUCCUUCAAAACAUCAUGAAUGUGUCAGCUCAUGCGAAAUAACUGACUGCUGAGUUAAUAUUACAAAGAGGAAUAAAAGUGAAUGAAAGCCUGGUGUGCAAUUCUAUCUCUGUCUCUUUUUGUGUUUGUUACAUGGAGUAUGAGGACACAACUUCUCCACUGACAAUAAGCAUAGUUAUACCAUAAAAUGAUAGUAGUGGUCUCCUAAACUGGUUCCACAAUCUCACCAAAGAUUAGACAAGUAGAUGUAGCAGACUACUAGAUGUUAGCAGCAGAGAUGAUUCAGCACUUUUACAAACCAACCCCAAGGUUGAUCCAAAACAAAUGUUAAAAGCUGUUACCUCUCUGGAUACUAACCACUUAAAAAAUGUCAUCUAUCUGGUUCAGUUAAACAAAAAGGUAAUGUCUCGUUAAAAAUUUACACGACCAAUGAAAGCAUUUGCCACAGUGUUGUUUAUUUCAAGUUUUACAAAGAUAAAGACAAAGACAAAUCUGACAAAAACAAACAGCCAGUGAUGACAUUUUCCAGUAAAAGCUUUGUAUUUGGCAACAGCACUGACUCCAGGAAAUAGUCCAGCAAAUAAACAGUGUCUACAUGUUUCUAUUUGGUUUGACACAUUCAAGAACAUGAAUAGCUUCACUUAAAAAUGCAACGAUCAAUAAAACUCUUGAAAUACAGCAGAACGAUGUGAACAUUUUCCUUCAUAACAGAUCAUUUAAAUAUAAAUUAUUACUUAACUGGACGAAUGAGAUACAUUUAAAAAAGCACGACAGAGUGAAAAACUGAAGGUCACUCAGUUUUUAAGGUAGACUGCGGUAACCCGGACAUAAAGGCAGACUGUUUUUUAGAGUGCAAUUAUAGGUAGUAUUUUAAAAUUUAACAUGUUGUACGCUGUAAAUUAUUUCAGCAAAGCUAAAAGUUCUUGGAGGAGUCUCUUAAUGACUUAGACCAUUAAGCAGGUUCAUUUAAGAAUGAUUAAUUUUCCUCAGAUGAAUCCAUGACACAGUUUCAAAUACAGUUUAGCUUUUUGUGAAACAGUGAAAGGUCCUGUUUUUCAAAACCUACCACGUUUUUCUGCUUCAAAAGUGUCAAUUUGGAUAUAUCUCAGGAUUUAGAGUUUUACUCAAUGAUCGAGCUUUAGUGUGAAAAAUUACAAUCUUGUCUGGGUUGGCUCCAAACAAGAUGCAGUGAUAUAAUGUGUUGAAGGAUACCACCUUACAUUAACAGAUACUCAAACCUAGCAUCUACAUCCAACUUUCGCGCAUUUAAAAUAAAACACAACAGCAUAACGUUAAAGGUGCUCAACAUAAAUAGCAAUAGUACCUAUAUACAUAGCAGCAGAAAAUAUGCGAUUCUGAUUAAAUAAAUGGGUCAGUAUCCACUUACAGUGAAGCCAUCAUGAUCAGGUUUGGAAGCUCAAAUGCUGAUAUUGAGUAGUGAUGCUAAUGUUAACAGAUGUAGUGGAUUUUUCAUAACAUGAUAACGUCUGGAGCAACAACAAGUUAAUGUUUACACUAGAAUGUUAUAUUUGAUACACAUCUGUUAAAAUCACAGUAUAGCAAAUGCUAGCAUACAGCUACCAUUGCUACAAUUACCUUCAGCUAACCAUGAGCAACGUUAACUUAUGGCUUUUUUUAAUCUAAUCAGAUACACUUAAAAAGGCAAAUUGAAAAGCAAAAACACAGAGAAGAGUGAGGCCAAUCUGAAAUCCAAAUAUCUAACAUUUUGUAUAAUUAGAAAACAGCUAAAGUUAGCAUACAAACAAGUGACGGUGUAUGUUACUGGAAGCUAGUCAUGGCUCUUUUGUUGAAUCAGGCUACCUCCAGCUACCUCUUAUUACUAAAACAGGAAAGUGAAAGGGUAAAAAUUUGGCCAAAUUUAGGUUUAAAGCCCAAUAUUUGCUAAAACGAUGGAACAGGUACAUCUGGGUAAAUUCAAAGUGAAAUAUUUGACAUUUGGCUAUUUCCAAAAUAAGAAAACAGCUGAUGACGGCACACAAACUUUUCUUAGCUAACAACAAUAUUAGCUUAAAUUCUAGGUGUUGAUGAUGCUAGCUUUUGGAAUUCUUCUAGUUUCAUGUAUCAUGAACGAAUCAUAGUGUAAUUUCUGGUUAACGAUAUUUGAUAAGAAAUUAGUAUUUGCAAGCGUUUAAAUGCUAACAUCUUAGAUCUUAGAUGCUAACUAAUAGCUUGUCUUGUACUCGUGCAAAAAUGUACCUGUAUUUUGACAAUUGUUUUGUUUUUUUCAUCCAGUUGAUCACUCAGGAAGUGUUGAUGGAAUAUCUACAUUUGACCACCUGUAAACUUGAUAACAGUCGUGCAACAUUAUAUCAGCAUUUGAGCUGCCUCUGCGUGUUCAGAAAUACCCGAUCAAAAAGGAUAGUGAAAAAAACUGCAGUGAAAGGCCAAAAUAAUUGAGGGAGGCAGAUGUAGUUCCUCCACGAUUAACAGGUUGGCAACAGACACUAAGACCUCAUUUAUAUAUUUUGUUGAAAGGGUUACACUGUAAACUUUUAGCCAGUAGUGGCAUAGUGUUGGUGACAAUUAUCUUUUAAAAAAAUCGAACUUAACAUGGGUCCUUAAUUUUGAUAACUCCUCUUCUACUGAGUCCUCUCCUGACCCAAAACGUUUUAGUGGGUUUAAGAGGAGACCAUUAGCACAGGUAAUCUAAUAAUAAGACACGGCUUGUUUAAAUACGAGCUAGAGCUGGCAGAUGUUUUUGGGAUGGUCAUGGUGUGCUGGGUGACCCCCCCUCAGUCAAGGUCUUGAAGUGGACCGAUAGAGCUUCUUCCUCUGGGUUUGGUGGACGUCUGUACUCCUCCCUGGUGAUCAGGUAGCCCAACAGCACUCCGAAAAC